AUGCCAAACAUGCCCCAGACCGUGACACUAAAAGGACCCUCUCCGUGGGGUUUUCGCCUGGUGGGAGGACGGGAUUUCAGCACACCGUUAACCAUCUCGAGGGUAUGUAGUGAGUCCUCUUUCUUUGCUGUCUCUCUGCUGUGUGUCCAUUCAUUCGGGAGGAAAACUCAGUUUUGGGCGGUGACUGAGUCAUUUCCAGAGAACUUUUACUCAGUGUCAGCUACUUACCGGCACAGGGAGAGUGGGGAAAGUGGAAGUGACAAAGUGAGCGCAUUUUAAAGAGCAAGUCUUUGAGGAGUGUUAAAUAGACAGACGGUGCCAUCUAAUUCAUGGAGGCUGAAACUGCUGUGAAAUACACAGAAAUGCAUCUGGUGGAGAAUAAGAUCUGCAAAUAGAUCAGAACAGUUUUAUUUACAUUUUAUUAUUUUCAUCAAACUACAUCAAUCCCCUAAUUGUCUUUCUCAAAAAAAUUGGGUGUAAUAAAUGAAAUACUUUUAUAGAUAUUUUAUCAACUUUAAUCAUAGUAGACUAGUCUUAUCUUGAUCUGGUGGCUGAUAUUAUGAUAUUAUGAUCAUUUCUGCUGUUUUGAAGUUACUAGUUUAGGCAGAGGGCUGCUCACCAAAUCGUCUGGUUCUGUUUGAGGAUUCUGCCUAAUCAGGGAGUUUUUCCUUACCACGGUUGCCAAAGCUGUCUUGGAUUUAACAAACAUUGGGUCUCUAAAUAUUCUUCAAAUACAGUCCAGAUCUGCUCUCUUCUGAAGUGCCAUGAAAACAUGUGAUUUGGAGUUAUGUGAAUCAAAUGGAUUGAUUGGUUGUUUAUAAUAUUGUCAGCAGAAGCAGAAGCUAUUGAGAGAAUUGAGGUAUUUGUAUUAACAAAAGCUGCAUGAACUUUCCUGACCCUGAGAAUAUGGGUCAGGAGUCAGUAUGCUGGCAGUGGAUCUGGCAGUAGCCAAUACUUCAUCCCGGCCAGAGCAAACACACACACUGGUCCUGCAUGCUGCAGGGCUCGUGGAGGGAAGGAGGGGGGUGCUGACAUUUGUUUUUCAUCAGAGCUCAUUGGUGCUGCUGAGGGAUUCCAGGUGUUGUGCUCAGCUGUAUCACCAGCCCCAAACCGGCCCUUUAACUACAGGGCCCUAGCACUCUAAACUAGAGGUGUAAUUUUUAGAUUUACGGCAGGCGGUUAACGACUCUGAAAGAAGCAUGCAGACCAAACCCCUGAAGGUCACCUGAAGUGCUCUCUUUUGUUCAGACGGACUGCUUCAGCCUUAGAAAGAGUGCUGAUAGAGUUGUUGUUAGGCCUACUUUGACUGUCAGGGCGCGCUGGGUCUGAAGUUUUGACCGUUCAUGGGCAAAUAAAUGGUCAAACACUCACUUGCCUGAAACUUUUCUUCCCUGUAUCAUGGUGAAAGAAAGCUCAAAUUGUCCUGUAUUUCAAUCUUGCUUGAGUUUGCCAGACGUUACUGGAAAUGCAAGCCUAAAGGUCCUUGACAUGCCUGACUAUACACAUCAAGCCUGAUGUGAUUUUGCAUGAGAGAUCCAACGCUAUGUUGUCCUUCAGGUUGUUAUCUUUGUAAUGUUUGUGUUUUUUAUCAAAAAGCACUCUGUUCUCCGACACGUAAACUAUCAGCCGGUCAGCAAUGUUGGAUAUACAGGAUAUGCGAUCUGACAUUGCAACAACACGCAAUCUGAUUGGUCAGAAGUGGAUGCACAGUAUGCGAAACUUUAGAAAAAUUGACCAUGAUCUGAAAAAAUACAUGCCGCAAUAUUGCAGGACAGGAAAAUGUUGCUGAUGUGAACGCUUCUAUUGACAGGAUGCGUGUUUGAAAAAGAAACAUUGACGUCUGAAAUAAUCGCACGACAAAAACGGUCCCGAUGUGAAAGGACCUUAAGACUAGAAAAAGGGGAAAACUCUUGUGUUUCAAGCUAAGACAGCUGAGAGCCGCCUCAAGGCAUGUAAUUCCUCAGUGUCACACCUUUCUUAUUUGUCAAUAAUUUGUAAAGCAUGCAUUUUGUGGUUCCAUUUCAAGCCAUUUAGCAAUUUCUGGAUAUUUCCAGCUCAAUCUCAUUCAUGCAUACUUGAAUGACUGCCAAUGUGAAACCCAUUGCCUGCACAGGGAAGUCAUUUUGCAUUCUGAACAUUGCGUAACAAGAUAAUGGUUGUAUGAAUUAAUUAGAGGUUUCACUCAAUAAACAGCAACUGUACAGAGCCAAAGAAGGUGGCAAUAAAAAACUCGCACUUGCUCACUGCGGUUGCUUGCAAGAGUAAAAUUGGGAGUUUUAGCAGAUUCCUCAAUCUGAGCUUGCAAAUUAGAGAAGGAAGCAGCCGGUAAGAUGCAAGCAUAUUUAGCCAAAUAUGUAAUGUCAGAGGCAUAAAACACAGUCUCUUGGCAGUAAGAUCCGUCAUUAAGCUGCCUCCUACUGACUUUUUUUGCUUUUUACCAAUAAAGCAGUAGGAAGUCCAAUUGACGUCACAUACUCUGAAACAUCAGCUGACAGGACAAAGUGUAUUUUAUUUGCAGGACUUGAUAAUUGUUUUAUCCUGGUGUAUCUAACAUGCGGGCUUGCUGGAGUGAAUAAAUCAUACUCUAAUUGAAGAAGUAGAAAUUGUGGGAAAGAAAUCCUUUGCAUCAUCUCAUGGGAACUGGUUACAUUUUGAGUUUGUAACACGGUGUGAUUCAUCGCUGCUGACAGACUUUAGUAUCUCCUUAACUUGCUAUUCAUCACAUGCUUGCCACAUUCUUGCUGUACAGUGCGGGCCCGGGACGGCAAUUAUAACCUGUUGAAUAACAACACAGAGACAAGGAGGGAGAGGAACAGCGUGUUAGAGGAGGAUUGUUUAUGUCUUACAUCCUCCAAAAUACCUCUUUAGGGGGCAUUUUAGUGUAGCAUUAACCUCAAUCUGGAUGGUGCAACAGUGUCUACUGGCAGAGUUUUACAGUAUUUGACACCAUCCCUCUACUUUGCAUGAUUGACAGAUCCCCAUUCCCUCCUUCUCUGCAGAUAUAUCAGAGUAAAUGUCAUGAAACACCUGCACUGUGGGACAGUGAAAGUUGUGAAUACCAGAGAAAAAAAAGCUCUGAUGGCUCCAGCUGGUUCUUUGCUUAAGGUGAUAAUGUCCCAGGUUAAGCCCAUUAGUCCCCUGCCAGCCUACUUAGACUGCAGCCGGUUUAUGGGGUGUCUGCUCGACUCUGGAAACAUUUGCCCUCACCCUGUGUUGUUUGUGUGCAUGCUUUGGUAGGCUGUUAAACAGCUUCACGUUAAUAAGAGAGGUAAGGUGGCCAAGAAUUAGAAACAUCAUAAAAUGAGUGAUGUAACUGCUGAAGCAUUUAGAGAGGAUGCGUUGAAUACGGCAGCUGUGGUUUGAGCCGGUUUGUGAAUCGUUGUCCGGGCAGAAGGUGACGCAGGACACUUGUCAGCCUUGCCAACUGGCAAACAGUCUUUUUGUGAGCAGGAAUUCACUACUGAGUGUCAAGUAAAUAAUGACCUAAGCCGAGCAGUGCACACCUUUCUGUCUAAGUUCCUGUCCUACGCCUUUGUAUUGUUAUGUGUCUGGUGUUGCUUGAUGAGAAAAACUUUCACAUAAGGUUUUAACAUUUAUAGGAUUGAUAGGAUUUGCGCAAGCCAGACUCUCUUUUAUUUAACUGUUUGUGAAGAUAAAUUAUUGACUUCAUAAGGUAUCCAGAAAAAAGUGAGUAAAAUUAUCAGAUUUUUCCAAAAUACUUUCAAAUAAUUUCUUUCCUCCCAUCCCAAACUGAAACAAAACUGAUAGAAGCAUCAAUUGACUGUGUUUAAUAAUAUUGUACAUGUUUUUUAAGUCCAUUAAAAACUGAUUUGUAAAUAAGUCUCUUUGAGCCAGUCAGACUUUAAUUUAUUGAGUUAAACUUGAUGUCUCUGGUGUACAAAAGUAAGGUAAAGGUUGCAAAUCUGGCAUAGGGAUGUGAGUGUUCAGAGGACUUUAUUAUUGGGUGUUAUUAACUUGGCUGAUCCGCAACAGAAUUACCAGUCAGUUAGAUAAAAAUAUGGAAAUAUAAAUAUUUUUAUAACUGUUGGCCUGAAGUGUCAGCAAUAUACUGUGUCUCCACUCUAGCACAGCCAGCCACCAGUAGAUGGGGCUGGUUAAUGGCUGCUACCAUGCUGCCAUACUAUAACGCUCCACUACCCAGAUAUAAACACGCACAUAUGACUGAUAGCAUGCCGUAGUGUGGUACAGCUUUGGCAGUAUUUUGAUCUAGAAAAUGGAGAUGAAGUUGUAUAAAGACUGUAUCUAGUUAAAGUGCCAUCUAACCACUCAGCCAAGUGGACCAGAGACUGGUGGUGCUAGCUCUGCUGGUGUUGUCCUUUCUUUUGCUAACCAAUCCGACAUUAUUCCCCAGCAGACUCUUACAUUUUGUUGUACUUCUCCAGUGUUUUUUUAAGCCUAAAUGCUCGUUUCCACCAGCCAAAAGUCCUUUGUUAAAUGUCCUAAGUUCAACAUAAUAACGUAAGGAGGAAAAAAAUAUUAUAGGGACAAACAUGUGACCUGCUGUAACACGGGUCGGGUUGUUCCGCUGCCUGCCACCGUGGUUGUUAGGGGCAUUUUUAAAGGCUGUUUUCUGGCUGCUGUUUUCUCCAGGCUAGAAUUAGAGAUAGUGUCUGAGCAGCAUCUCAACAACAAGCUGAGCAGAAGAUAACAGAUGGUGCUCUCCAAGAAUUUCCUGUUGUCAGUGAGGCUGUGUAGUUCCUGAAACUUUUGGACAAGGGGAACAAUGAAAGUCCUUGGGGUUGUUGGUGAACUUUUCCUGCCCAUGUGCUUAUCAGAUGUUUGAAAGUGACUCUCAUGUGAUUAAUGAUAACCCAAAAGUGAGGAAAGUGGCGUGGAAGUUGAGGAUAUCUGGUGCCAGAAAUAUAGUUUUGCAUUCGUGAAUAGUUAUCAUAGUAUCGUAGAUGGAUUAACAUAGAAAUCAUGUGGAAGAAAGAAGCUUGAAUCUCAACUCUACAGACUCUUGCAAGCUUCAAUGUUUUAAUUGACAUUUGAUGUUACAAAUAUGAUUAUUUUGGAUAUAUUUGCUGCCUCAAACAGGAUUCUUGUAAAGCUCUUUGGGUCUUGUGGAUCACAUCAAAGCAUGACUUUGUGUCAAAGACUUACAGUGAACUCCUCAGGGAAAGCUGAACCACUUGAAAUUCUUACUAACCUGACCAGAGAAAUCCGAGUUUAAGGGAUUAACACACUUUUUUUGAUGACUAACAUUGAUGAGUUACACCGUUAGUCAUACGAGACGUACACACUGCAUUACACUCUGCAGUUAAUUCCACGUGACUCUCCCUUCUCCUCAUGCCCCCAUUAAACUCCACAUACUUAAUCAUCAGUUCUGGUCUUGGCAGGUUCAGCGUCUUUGUUUCUGUGUUGUAAUCACCAGUCACAACCUCACGCCCCUGGCUGUGAAAUGGAUUUCCGUCACGAAGCUCAUAACCAUGGUUCCUAUCACAGGUCAGGGAAGCAAACAAAGGCUUCUGACUCAUUGCCAGGAAUUAUUUUCUGUGUUGAUAAUAAGACGUGCGACUCAGUCAGUGCUGCCCCUCCUGUACUCAGACAGCUUGAAACAAAUAUGUGAGUGACAGAGUCCUCUUAUGUAACCAGUAAAUGUUUAUGUGGCAUCCAAAGGUCUUAGUAACUGUGUACUGUUAUGUCUUUUUUUCUUUAAAGGAAUUCGAGAGUAAGUCCUGAACUUCACUUUGUAAUGUCGUCAUUGAAAUAAGAGGCUUUCCUGAAACGUAGUGAUAAUGACAGAAAAGUAAAAAAAAAGCCUUCAAAACAAAUGUAGCUCAAUUUAUACUUAGAAACUAAAUGUUUUUGGCUUGAAGAUUUAUAAUUAAAAUUAAUGGCAGUUAGAUAGCAAGUAGGAAUUGCUUCUAUAUUUCUUAAUAUGUCACAAUAUUUUCAAACAACUGAUGUAGUAUCGUGUUGUAUCGUAUCAUAAUAUCAUUUGAAUCAUAUCGUAUCAUAUCAUAUUAUAUCUUAUCAUAUUAAAUUGUAUUAUAUUGUAUCGAAUCAUAUAUUGUAUCAUUUUACAUCAUAUAUCAUAUCACAUUAUAUCGUAUCAUGUCGUAUUGUAUCAUAUAUUGUAUAAUAUCAUAUAAUAUCAUAUUGUAUCGUAUCAUAUUGUAUCGUAUCAUAUCAUCUAUCAUAUAGUAUCGUACCAUAUCAUAUCAUAUCAUAUAUUAUUGAAUUGUAUCAUAUCAUGUGUCAUAUCAUAUUGUAUCAUAUUGAAUUGUAUCAUAUAUCAUAUCAUUUUGUAUCAUAUCAUAUGUCAUAUCAUAAUGUAUUGUAUCGUAUCGUACCAUAUCAUUUUAUAUCAUAUUGAAUCGUAUCGUAUCAUAUCAUAUCGUAUCAUAUCGUAUCGUAUCGUAUCAUAUCACAUAACAUAUCGUAUCGUAUCAUAUUGAAUUGUAUCAUAUCGUAUACUAUCAUUUCGCAUUAUAUUGUAUGUAUCGUAUCGUAGCUAAUGUCAUUUUGUUUGUUAUAGUAUCAUAUUGAAUCAAUCGUGUUGUAUCUAACAGUAUUGGAUCUUCUUCUCUGAAGAGAGCAGGUCUACCUGCUUCAUAAAAAACUGAUGGCAUGUCUCUUAGGUCUGAGAUGAUGCAGAGAAGCAUGCUGUGGCUGUGACUCGUGGUUAAAGCGAUUUUCAAUCCAGUAACUUUUUACAGUCACUGCUGAUUGUGGCGCUCCUGAAGCUCAGUUAGUUCUGGUUUUCCCUACUCUAAAAAAGCCAUCCCAGUAAUGUUUUCAGCAGUUGUGAGUCAGCAUGAAUCCAACAGUAAAAUAGAGAUAAAUCAAAAGUUUUGUGUCAUAUUGCUGACCUGUUUGUGAACAUGUGUGUUACAGCUCCGAGGUGCACUCUUCACUUUAUGACUGCAGUAUCUACAUAAAACAAGAGAAGAGCACACACUGUCAUAAACACUGAUGACAUGACAGGAAACUUUGCCCUGGGGCUGAUGUCAUUUUCAAGCGAAAGUGUUGAUGCAGCUUCAUCACAUACACUUCAUGAACACACACACAGAUAGUUCCUGCAUUGGCUGUCCUCUAAUUGUUCAAAUACACACAGAAAACACACACACUGUGAAACCGCACUGCAGCACACAUCAUCGGGCCUCAGCGUGCCACAUGAUGACUCUGUGUGACAUGAGGCUGUCAUUUGCUAACCGCGCUGUCUGUUAACAAUUAACUUUGUCACUGUUUGUGGAACCUUCCCCGUAUGGAAAGCCUGCGACUGUUUAGAUUACCCAACAAGUGGUAAAGUUUCUUUCUGCAUCAUCGCAACCGAAUCGUGGUCAAAUUUUACAGUGCAUGAUCUGCUUUUAAUGCAGAAAACAUGUUUUUUGUUUUUGUAUUAGCAUCAAACACUGAUGAAUAUCAGAGAGAUUGUUUCAAGAAAGCAGCUGGAGCGGUCUGUGCAGAAUAAAUGAUGGAAAAUAUGGAUUUAUUUAUCAGGAGAGGCUUUGAUUUACCUGAUUCAUUCAAACUCUCACUCCGUCUGAAUUGCACAAAUGAAAAAAAGAUCAAUUUUACUCACUCAGUAUGACUGCUGGAAAUGAUAGCCGGGGUGAAAAUGGGAUUCAAUUCCUACCACAUGUUACUAAGUGACAUUUUUCUACAAUUGUGGGAUCAUUUGGUGAAGUUUAUCGUCUGUUUUCUUCCCUUCAGCAGCAGUUUAGAAACUACUUUACAUUGUUCAGGACAGCUUUGUUUCCAGUCUCUGAGUCAGCCGAAGAUGACUCUUAUUAGACGCAGGCACACACACACACACACACCCUUGUGCUUGUCUUCAAGAGACUGUCAACUCAUAUUUUGGGAUUAUUUGUUUUUGUUUGAGCAAUUAGGAAUGGAUCGCUGAGUUUGUUUUACGACUACCUGUGGUUCUUUGUGGGCAAAAUGACAAAAAUUAAAGACUUAAGGCUAAAAAAUGUUGGCCUGGUUUUCAAAGCUACUAAUCCAGGCCAGAGAGUAAAGAUAAUUACAAAAUUACAGCUGUCUCUGAGGCUCUUUACAUUAAAGUCAUUACAUCACACUACAUCUGCAGAGUACGUAUGUACAGUUAACUCUAUAGCAGAUUGCGGUUAUGCUUGAAACUUGUAACUCUACCCCGUCUUUACAUUUCCUUACAGUCAGGAAUGUUUGUCCCCGAGUGAGGACUUCAGUCAUGACAUUGUAGCCUACUACUGUGUGUGUGUGAUGAUUCAUGCACUGCUACUCAUGGCUUGACCCUAAGGGGAUAUAACUCACUCACUGUGUGUCUGUUGGGGGUGCGUGAACUUUGGUACACUCUGACACAGCUUAAACAUAAACUCAGAGCACACACACACACACACACGCAUUCUUACUGAGAAGAUUAUGUUGAAUAAUGCGGCUAAACUGUAACCUCCAGUUUUGUAAUUGUCAACAAAUGCCUGACAAACAAGAACCAGUUUUGUUUCCCUCAAAGCAAACCUUUAUUUAAAACUUGUCUUCAUAGAAACUUUGUUGUUUACACAUGCUGAGUGUCUUUUUCUGUCAGAAUAAAGUAAGUAUUGGUACUUUCCCUGGACACACACACUCUCACACAAACACACACUCUCUCAGUUUACCGGAACUGAGUCAGGGACAUAAGGCCGGUUAAAGGCCGUAAAUUAUGAAUUCCACAUUUGAACCACACGACUCAGCUAUUAGUGCUUCAUGGAGCGUGAACUUGUGUGCCUUUGCUCUUUUAAAAGUCCCUGUAAGCUAACCAGGCCGCUUCUCUGACACCAGCAGAUCCCCAUCAAUCUCUGGGUUUCUGGGUUCUGUCCAUGAAGCUGAAAUUUUGGCCAAUCAUAGCUCAUUUAUCUUGGACAAAUUACGAAUAUCUAAUUGAAGUAGGAACUAUUUCAACAUGAGAUAACACCAAUCCAAAGAUAAUACGCCUGAAGCUGAAGCUGUGCAGGUGAUGAAUUGAGCUCAAAGGGAGGUAUCAGCUGAAAAACUUGGUUGACAAGACAAAGAUUAAUCACAGACACUUGAUAUUGAAGGUGUUCAUUAACAUUAAAAUCAUCAUAAAUCUAAUUUUCUUCUCUGUUUUUGUGGAGACAGGUAGUCGUUUAAGCCUAGGGCUGGGUGAUAAACCGAAAAUUUAUGACAAUAACAAAUGUCAUUUUGGCCAUAUCUGUAUAUUCGGUGCCAAAAAAUGAAUAAAAGUUGGUUUUGGAUGUUUGUAGGUAGGCUAUGGUCUCAUGUCCCUUUAAGACGCUGUCCUACGGCUCCUAUGAGGAGAUGGAGGACGGUUCAAAAAUUGCAGCAGCUAGAGCGGCAGCUGAAGUAGACUUCAUCUUUUUUUACAAAGGGCCUUGUCAGUAUUAAAACACUGAGAUUAUGGACUGAUGGAUGUUCCUGAUUUUUGCACACAAAAAAAAAGUAUAUAUAUCAGUCUUCAGCUGAAAUAGUAAAUCUAACUCUUAUUCAGCUGAUAUAGACAUGUCUCAGUUCUUCCAACAUCGUUGUGACUAAAAUAAAUCGUAUCCAGCUGCUGCUGCUGCUCUCCUCUCAUUUAAUGGCUGGAAAAACUCGGUCAAACUCAUAGAUGGAUGUGUGAUAGCAUGACUACACAUGAAGACCAGGGACAAGAUGACAAUUGUUCACAUUUUAGUGCAUUUUUGUUUCAUUUCUAGUAAGGCAUAUUUCCUCCUACAGAUGGCUGCCAUAUGACAGUGACUGUUUUACUGUAGAUGUUCUCUAAUAGAGGAUUUGACUGGUAUUUUCAUCAUAUUUGAGUCAGCCAAAACCAUUCAACCAGGCCUGGAAAUAGCAGGAACAUUUCUGUGAGUGUAAUAAUGGAAAAUUGUUAUCAUAUGUUGCUACAUGUGUCUAUGAAGGUUACACAUACCCACUGGGACAUCUACCUUCCCCCCUGCCUCCUCCACCCCUCACCCUACUGCCUCCCGAGGGUCUCAGAUGUCCACAGAUCUGUGUGUGUUUCUGGUAUGAGGGAUUACAGAGAGGAACCUGCUCACUGUCCAGCGGCUCAAAGAUAAUCUUGAAAAUGAAAGCGAUGUGGACGCAUGUUUUACACGGCAAAAACUGUUUAAUCGGGACAAGCUAUGGCAAGUUAUUGAGCAGAUGUUUUAACAUGAAGCCGACGUUGCGCAGAGAUCUCUGUAAAAGUCCAAGGUUUCAUUGCAAAGGGAAAUUUUGGAGUAAUUCACUGAUUGCUGAGUGAUCAUAAAGUUGUGCUCUUUAUCUAAUCUCAGAAACCAGGCAUCUGAAAAUGUUGCUGCUCUUUGAAUAUUUCACCGUCUCACUAGUAAAACUCUGUAACCUCCGUCUCCCCAGUGUCAUUGUUGCUGGCUUUUAAAAAUGUAAACCUCAAUCGCUGCCCAAGGAAACAGAUCAUUAAUCAAAGGAGACGAGCUUUUGUUGAAUUUGGACUGCGUGCGGACACCCUUCUUUUUCCUUCUUUUUUCCACACUGACAGUUUGACACUUCUGAGAACGGCUUUCUUUUCUCUCUCUCUUUCUCUCUCUUUGGUGAACACAUGGGUCACUGUGUGUUUUUGUGUGUGUCAAUGUUAUCUUUAGGUGACACCAGGCAGCAAGGCAGCCCAAGGUGACCUGUGUCCAGGCGACACCAUCCUGGCUAUCAACGGUGACAGCACAGAGCAGAUGACGCACAUGGAGGCUCAGAACAGGAUCAAAAACUGCACCCAGCAGCUCACACUCAACAUCAGCAGGUAUUUAAACAUGACUCUGCCAUUAUGAGAGCAACAACACAAGAAACAAGAUUUAGCAGGUUUAGAUUUUAUUGACAAGAAAUCUCUUAUGGUCAAGUUUGUUGAAAGUCACUUGAGAGCAACUCCUGUGGACAGUCUGGAUGAAUUUCUGUGUUGCCUUAAAGGGAAAUUCCACUGAAUUUACUCCCUCAAUGAUUUUUCAUUACAGCCUGAUUUCUGACAAAGCGUUAUAUAAAAGCCCCACAAAACCUAAUAAGUAGCCUAAGAUGAUACAGCUUGAAUCAUUAUCAGCAGGAGCAAACAACAAGAGUGAAUAACUGUAAAAUUGCACCGGUAUUUAAGAUGCGCCUGUAGCUCUACAUUUGAUACUUGUGUAUUGGUUACACCUGAGUAUAGGACACAGCUCACUCUGUGUGUCAUAAAAACAGUCUGUAAGCAAAGAGUUAGUUAUCUCACCGGACCUUUAAAGUAGGGCUGGGCGAUAAACCGAAAAUUUAUGACAAUAAUCAACGUUUGUCAUUUUGCCCAUGUCAAUAUAUUCAGUGUAAAAAAUAUAAAUAAAUAAAAGUCGGUUUUGGAUGUGUGCGUAAGUUCAUAACAAAGAAGGAAAGGCAGGUGAGGAGAUGAAGGACGGUUCAAAAGUUGUAGCGGCUGAAGUAGACGAAGUUAAUGUGGGAGGAGGUGAGCAGCUUGUGAAGUAGUUAUCAUCCAUUUAUCAUUAUCAAGUUGAACUGCUCAAUAUAUCGUGAUAUUGAUUUGGGGCUAUAUUACCCAGCCCUAAUCCAAAGCCUGUAAUCGUUCCUACCAGAAUUACACAUCUGCUCUAGAUCUCUUUUGAACCUUUGGUGACAGAGCUGCAUCAUGAGUGUAAAAAACCUCUCAAAUUCUGCUGCACCUCUACUUUUAAAUGUCCACAUAGCAGAUUACAUGCACAUUUUCGUUAAGAUCAAAUUGGACAUUUUGAGAGAAAUCAAUUAAAAUCUAGGUUGAUUAUAGACACUUUCAACACAACCAUGCACAGGGAAAACCAGAAAAUGUGCAUGCAUCAUUCGUAUGUUAGAGUUGAGUUUACUGUAUGUUCACUGACAUUACAUACAUGACUGUUUGGAAUAAUGAGCUCCAGAGAAAUAAGAUAGUAAGAAAUGUCGAACAUUAGUCACAGUCGUUGCUGCUUUGACCCUUAGCGGAGGCCUCUGCUCCUUUUGCUCAUUUAUUGACACGAGUAUAUGACUAAUGUCAUUUACUGCCCCUCGUCCUGGAAAACAUCUUGUUUCUAUUUCUGUUUGGUCUGUUCAGCUUGGCACAGUGGAGUCACUGAGAUGGAUGACAGGUUUACGACACUUUAAAUGAUCGACUCACUGCUCCUAUAGCGCACCAUCAAAGUCAAUGGGGCUUCACAAACAGUGAGUCAGAUAGUAACCUUUACAAAUGGACUUCACAGGUUGAUAUUGGGGAUUUUAUCGUAUCACAAGAUGGAAACUAUUUCAUUACGGUGCGUGAGGAUGGAAUAUCAGACCUUUAGCAGAGGACAGGAAGAGCGUGUUUCUGUCAAUAUGGAAAUCAUCCGUCUGAAGAGUUAAUGAUGGAGAGAGACAGGAGGGAGAGAGUGAGGGUGAUGAGGGAUUACCAAGGAAAAACUGAGAUGUCAGCCGCUUCCCACAUUUCUAUUAGAUGGUUUCUUUGGGUUGCCGGAGAACUGGAAAGUGCGUAUAGAAGCUGGCCUCCUCUGAAUCCUCUCCGAUGAGGAACACUGUGUGGCUUCGGCCUCAGUUACAAGUUGACGAUUGCCAACUGGUGCUUUAGCUCUCUCCUUUUAGGGCAGCAGGCAAUACAGUCUCCCUCCUGUGAUGGUACAGAGUGUGACGCUGACUUAGAUACAGUGGAAAUCCAAGUCCAAAUUCAGCAGGACAGGCUCUUUUUUUCGCUUUCUUUCUUCCUUUCUUCACUGUUUUGUGUUUUAUGUACGCAGUCUAGCGUGCAACAGCCCGCCUUCUUCCUCAGCGUGUACAAGAAAUCAUCUCCCAUAUAUCAAGCAGAGCAGCUGAGCGUUAAGUGGUUUGUCCACAUAGGGAUAGUAAAUUUAUUUAAGGAUACAUAAAGUAGUAUCCAGCUUAAAGACCGGGGGGGAAAUCCUUCUGCAGCUGCAAGAGCAGAGAGGCAGUCCAGCUUUAAACCACUUGCACACUUUUAUCCAUAUUCAGCUCUAAACAGUGACAGUGCUUCAAACAUAGCAGCAUAAACGCAGAUAGGAACAGAUCAAAAUACAUAUGUAUAAACAGAGUCAAAAAAUAGGUACAGAUACUUUGUUGAAACCCUUUCCCCUUUCAUAAUUUCAGUCUAAAACAGCUGCAAGUGGAGUUUGCACACCAUUAUAUGACACCGGAGAGGGCUGCUGAGAUUUCACGAGAAUUAUUUCACAUUAUCGAUUGCAGUCUUACUUUACUCAGCCCUUAACCUUUGUAAUAGGGCUGGGCGAUAAACCUAUUAUUAUUCACGACAAUAACUGACGUCAUCUGGCCCAUAUCUGUAUAUUUAGAGUCAAAAUAAAGAAAUAAAUAAAAGUUGGUUUUGGAUGUAGGUAGGCUAUGGUCUCAUAUCCCUUUAAGAGGCUGUCCUACAUCAGAGACGUGACUCCACCCCAUCCAGUCUGUAACAAAGAGGGAAAGACAGGUGAGGAGAUGGAGGACGGUUCAAAAGUUGUAGCGGCUGAAGUAGACAAAAUUAAUGUGGGAAGGGUCAAGCAGCUUGUGGAGUAGUUAUCGUCCAUUUAGUGUUAUCGAGGUGAACUGCUCAAUAUAUUGUGAUAUUGAUUUGAGGCCAUAUCGCCCAGCCCUAAUUUGUAAUUUUAAAGAGAUCCAGUUUUAUGAUCUGGUUUUAUGGCUCGAAAUGUUGUUAGACAAGAGAGUAGUCAAGAAGGCUUUUCUCCGAUCUAUCAUUGUCUUACCACAUUUCACUGUUUCAUUGAAGUUUCUCUUUUUUAUGUAUCUUCGUGAAAAGUACAUUUAACAAGAGAUACACCACAGGGCAGCGCUGUUAACUUCAUCCAGCUUCUCUAAUUUUAGAUUUCACCUGACAAGAUAGCAGCAGAGGAGAGGCGGGUUAAGACCAGCUGCUGGUAUGCCACCUCUCCAAAGUAUAUUGGUUAGAUAAUUACAGUCUGAACUUUCCUGCUGCUGCUGCCGGACAGGAGGAGAGUAUGGCAGGUUGAAGGGAUAGGCAUGUACCUUUGGCUGCAGAGCACAGAGAUUUAUCAAGCUGUUUGGAAAAGGAGGACAAAAAUAGAGCACCAGGGAGUAAAGCUUUGGAUUAUUUGAUUUGAAGAUAUUUGAAGAUGGAAAACAAAGAAAGGUGUAAACAAAGAGAAGGGGAGUCUACGGGGUAAAGGAAAGAUAUCAGAGGGACCGAGAGGGUAAACUGGAAGUCGAGUAUAGGGGAGUUGUGAAUCAGAGCGCCCAAGUGAGAAAUCCACAUGGGCUCUUCUCUACUUCCAGAGAUGUUUUACAGCCAACAUUUUCUGUCAGCUGCAUUUCUGGAAAGUCACUUACACAGACAACGCCACAGCGCUCAGUUUCUCUCCCUCAGACAGAGGAAAUAUGCCUCCACCACUUUUUAAAAUAAUGUUUGAAUAUUCCUUCUGAACAUUACUGAACAAAAGAUGUAGGGACGUGACUUUGUUUCACAGUGAUCACAGCCUAAUAAGAGAUCAUAUCUUUCACACAUGUUUGCCAAAGCAAUUCCUCUCAGCCUCCAGGCUGAUUAAAAGACAACAUUUACACCUUCUGUGAGGUAGCUUGUUUCCCAGGAAAAAUGCUGCUAAGGAAGUCUUGUUCAUAAACAGCAACAGUCACUAUGUGUGACCAGAUAAACAAAGUACAGCAGUCCACAUAAGACAUUAUCAAACCAAGAGGGAGAGGUCAGACUUAUGUAAGUAUAAAAGUGAACAAUAGAACACAUGACUGAAAAGUAGGGCUGUCCCGAUACGAUAUUGAUAUUAGAUUUUGGUCCGAUAUCAGCCAAAAAACAAAUAUCGAAUUAUACUGGCAUGCAUCUAAAAUCUUCAAUACCAGCACUCUGAUACAAGCAGUCCAUUCCAGACUCCAUUCCGGCAUUUCUAGCUAGCAGCGUCCGGAUCCAUCAUGCAGAGCCCACGUAAUCAUGACAACAGUGUGUACUAACAAAGUAGCAAGGAGUAUUCAUGAUGUCGGCCGUGAGGCAGUAUUUUUCGUUAAAGUCCAAAAAAGACAUUGCAGCUGAGUGCAAAACUUGUCAAGCACAAGUUUGUGCCAAUAUUGGAUCAAUAUCGGUAUUGGCCGAUACUAAAGGCUACAAUAUCGGUAUUGUUUCGGAAGUAAAAAAGUUGUACUCGGGACACCCCUAAUGAAAAGAAACGCUGCAAAGAAAACCAUUAAUAAACUUAUGUGGGUUAGGAGAAAGCUUAGAGUGCUGAGUUAUUAAUUAUCCAGACAAUGGAUAGUACUUAAGAUGAGAUGGAUGAGUACUUAAAAUAAUUACUAGAACAAAUCUGAAAUAUGGGGCUGUGGAUUUAUUAGAAACAUGCAGCUGUGGGCUAAAGGAUGAUAUAAUUGCAACUAUUUGUUCUUGAAUCUAAAACAUCAGGGAUUGUUUUGGAGAACCCAAGUUGACUUAGUAGUAGAAAGUCAUAUUUUACAGGACAAUAGUUCUCACCCCUCAUUAUAAAAAGUACCAGAAAAUGUUCCACUGUCACAAAGUCAUAGUGAGAGAAACAGGAGACCUGUAAUUUUGUGUUGCUGCCGAUAGACAAAUGUAUGAGUCGACACGUCUGCUGUGAACCAAAAUUACAGCACACUGGGCGCAUCCGAGCUUGAGGUCUUGUGGAACACAUGAAUUUUAUUUGCAAAUGUCCCUGCAUUUAUUACUUUCAUAACCCCCAUACUUCAUAUUCCUGCCACAGAGCAGUUUUAAGAGCCCUCUGCAGUGCGGGUUUCUGGUAAGCUGAUGGAAGCUGAAGAAGAAACAAAAAUGCUACAGAAAAGGGUCAGAUGCUGUUGCUGUUUGUGUCAGUUUAUGAGAAUGAAAUACUUGAGUCACUUUGCUUAAAGCUCCUAUGUGGAAUUUUUGACAUUUAUGGUCAAGACUGAAAUUCGUACGAUUUAAAUGAUGAGGUUUUCACAACAAUUAAUACAAUUGUCUUUUUUUUUUUGUUCAAAGUCAAUACUGCAGCAUGUACUGAUUUGCCCACAGGGGGCGCCAAAGUUGGAAAAACACAAAUGUUCCUCAUGGGAGCUUAAAAUGUUUAAAUAAUGAUAGAUUUUAUGAAGCCUGUGAAUUGCAAAAUUUAUUUAUAUUAUGUAACCUGUUUUGCCUAACUUUAAUUGAUUUAUCUUUAUUUUUAGAUACAUUUCAGUAAUACCAGGAAAGGUUCUAUAUUUCAAAUAAAUAAAAAUAUGCACAGGAAAUUUGGCGUAUAUCAGCUGUCGUUUUUGAUAUAUAAAUUGAUAAGGACUGACACAUUUUUCGGUGCGAGCCUCAAGUGGCCAUUUUAGGAACUGCAGUUUUUUUGGACCUUAAUUUUUCUGCUCUUUGUUGAUUUACUGAAUAAAUCUUGAAACAUUUGGAGACUUAUAACUGAAGCUAAGGAGACUAUAGUGUAUGAUCUUGAUCUGAAACCACCACUACAAUUAUUUGAACUAUUGGUCUUUGGUUUUUGAGGCUCAUUUCCUGAACGUUGGUGAAACUUCUCACCUGUGCUAGCGCAGAAUCGAGACAUUACAAUAAAAUUUAAAAAUAAAAGGAAAGAAUAUGUAUGGGAAAAUGAAACAGGAAAGUCUGGGUAGUAGGUAAACAGAAAGAAAACCUCAAUUAGGUCACCACUCCACUGCAGCUUUCCAUUUUCCAUCAGCCGUCUCUGCCGAUGCCGGCCUGUCAGCACUCCACAGCGAGGUCAGACAUCCUUGCUAGUUUUGAGGAUGAUGAAAUGGAGCUGUUUUAGGCUCGCCGGGGAGGAAAAAUGGCAGCCACUCUGGCUUUGGCACACUGUCCAAGUUCAUUGUAAAGUCAGAGGAGCUUGACCAAUAGACAGACUUGGUCCAUAGUGGAGUGUGUCGUGUCUGCUUUCCUCCAACUGUAUAUCCUCAGACCUAAACAGAAACUUUGAAUACAUGAACCAGCUGUGAUGGAAACCUUCUCCUCUUUCAUUCCUAUCCUCCUUCGUUCCUGACUUCGACGUGCCACUCUGCCUUCUACCUCUCGAAACCUGUAUCCCCUCCACCACUUUUUCAUCUUCUAAACCUACUCUUCAUCUGUCUCUUCCAUUUCUUUCACCCUCCUUUUCUCUCCUUCUGCCAGAGCUUACUGGAGAAAGCCGUGCGGUUUCAGAGGCCUCAGUCACAGAUGAUGGUGGUUAUAAUGUGUGUUUCCACCGCUGGUCGAGCUGCUCAGAAACACUCCUGCUGGGGUAGCAAGUAAAAAGUGCUGAGAAAUGAGUCAGGAUGCCAAAGCCGUUAGUGGUCCUCUGACUGUUCUUGUUAUUUAAGACUAUCCGUGACGUAAGGACUGAAAGAAAACAUAGCCAAAAUAGAAAUUUAUGUUGUGAAUAAUAGAGUAGUCUUACGGUAAAUCUAUACCUCAAAAAUACCUCAAAUACGUAACUCCAUCUUUCUUUAACCACAUUACCUGAAUCAACAAACAGUUUUUACUGUAUCAAAUGGCUAACAAAAGUAGGUAGGGUCUGGGACACAGGUCUGUGCAUGGAUUGGCCAAUCCCAAUUCUACCCCUUAGCCCUCAGUUUUGCAUGUUCAUGCCAAGCCAAGGGGUGUCCAAAUUCUUUGUAAGGUCAGGGGACGGGAUACACACCCCUUGAAAUGAAGACAAACAAAGACAAAAUUUUUGCCCGCCAAAACUCACAGAUUUUCGCCGAUAUUUUCAGAAAUAAAAUGCGGGGAAUAAGAUUCGGUUUCACUUCGAAAAUGUUCCGCCAUUUGAAAAGUUCCCCGACUUAUCCUGUAGAUGGCGCAGCGACCUCAUAGUUGAAAACGCUUUUCUUGGGUAGUUGAAAACGUUUUUCUGGUCCAAGUUUGAUCAGUCAAUCUUCCUGUCGGCGUAAAGAGCAGUAGCCUACAGUAUGUACAGUAUAUAAUAUACUGUCGAUAUCUACAGUAUAUAUAUUUUUUAUAACUUAAUUAAAAAAAAAAAAAAAAAAUCCUGAACAAUUGGUAAUCACCCCCCCCAUAAUCGGUAUCAGCAUCGGCCCCCAAAAAUCCAUAUUGGUCGGGCCCUAAUUUUCAUAGCCAUGACACUUUUAGUCCAUAUUUUUUUAUAUAUAUAUUUUUUCUGUUUUAAUCCAAAUUUUUAAUCCUUUGCUUCCCCAUGUAAAUAUUAGCGAUGUUUUGAAUUGUUUGUGUUUUAAAAUCGCACGUUAAGACGAGCUUGCUAACAAGGCUGCUAUUGCAAACAAAAGCUUACAACGGCUAAACGUUACAACAGUAGGUUGUUUUCCGACUCGUUUACCAGUAUUGUUGCAUCAGCCUACGACACAGCCAGCAAGCGGCAAGGCAUGAUGACGUAGCGGGAAUCGAGUUGCGUCUCGUUUCUUAGGGGCGUGUUUUCACCCCUUCCCCUUAAACAGAGGUCCAAAGGGAAGGGGGUAGACAAAGGGGUAAGAAGAAGGGGAAGGGGUAAGAGUGACAACUGGGAUUGGCCCGAAGUUUACAUGAAGGUAAAGAUGUGAUCUGUAGAUAUAUGCACUCGAGGGGAUCAUAGUCUGGAGAGUAAAUUCAUGAUUUAACUCAGGGUAGAAGAUUGAGCUGGAGUCAGAGACAAAGGCCAAGAACAGACAGAGUCAGAGCACUCCGGUGAAGGAUUUGCCCCCGCUGUCUCUCUUUGACUCCAGGACCUGUGACUCACUGCUGAAGAAUUAUGCACGAGGCUUCAUAGGACCAGAGGAACACAGGACUCCAGCUGGGACAAAAGAAAAGAGGAACUUCCCAAAAGCACCGACUCACACCCCUUUCUCUCCUCCUUUAUCCCUCCAUUGCAUCAUUCCUCUAAGGCUCUCCCAAGGCCUCUUUUUUGUGGUGCUCUUAAACGCUACAUCAAUGGACUUUGGGAGUCUGUGUACCAGAAAGAGAGGAAGGGGAAACCACAAACCUCCCUUGAUUUUCCCCCUCUUGCAUUGAUCCUGUCAUCGCCGAGACCCACAAUUCCUAAAGUGACCCUCUAGUCUGGUCCAAUAAUGAGACCUCAAUAACUUCUCUUUAUAGGACACCGUCUGUCUUUACUCUCUGAAUAGGGAGCAUUUAAACUCCUGUUUGUUUAUAAAACAACAAAUGAACUGUUCCACUGGUGUCUGAUGUAUGCUGAGUCUAAAAAAGGUCUGUUUCAGGAGGGUUUGGCAGGGUGAGGCAACCAGGCAAAACUCUCAGUGAACCCUGAAAUGUUCCCCCAUCAGCCGCAUCUUAAUUUGAGGGCACUUGGUUUCUGGGAUGUCUAAUUUGCGCUCCUCUUGUCAUGAACACAGUGAUCCUGUGAAGCCAAAGUAAACUCAUCCACUGCCCUGAAAACCAGAUCUCCACAAUCAGGAAAUUAAAGCUGUCAGGGGAAGGUCAGGGAGGGGAAAAUAUAACAGAAAGAAAGUCGAGGAGAGUGAUUGUGACGACCUGAGACUCCUUUUUUCACCAUUAUCUCCCUUUAUCAAGACUUCUGUGCUCCACAUUGAAAUCUAACAUUGAUGAUUUUAAAGUUGUCCUGCAGAACUGAAUGAAUGAGGAGUACAAUUUUUGUAAACUUUUCUUUUUCUUUCACUUUUCUUUCCAUUCGUCGGUCAUUGAUAAAUGUUGAGCUUUGGGAGAAAAUGAAUGACAACACUUCCCCUCUAUCCUAUUUAUCUUAAUACAGCUGUAUAAAGAGACAGAGAACACAAUAGUCUUCUUCUUAGCAUGGCAGCAAGACACAGGAGGAGAUACUGAAGAGUAGGAGUGGGCAAUAAACCGAAAAUUUACCGAUUCCAAAAUUUACGACAAUAACCGUCAUUUUGCCCACGUCUAUAUAUUUCGGUGUCAAAAAUAAAAUAAAAAAUAAAGUUGAUUUUGGAUGUGUGUAGGUAGGCUAUGGUCUCAUGUCCCUUUAAGACGCUGUCCUAUGUCAGAGAUGUGACUCCACCCCAUCCAGUCCAUAACAAAAAGGGAAAGACAGGUGAGGAGAUGGAGGACGGUUCAAAAGUUGUAGCGGCUGAAGUAGACAAAGUUAAUGUGGGAGGGGGUGAGCAGCUGAUGGUGUAGUUAUCGUUCAUUAAUUGUUAUCGAGGUGAACUGCUCAAUAUAUCGUGAUAUUGAUUUGAGGCCACAUCGCCCAGCCCUAGCUGAAGAGAGAUAAAACUGAAUUUUCAACAGAAGCAUCCACUCUCCUUUGACCUUGCAGGAUAUGAUGAUCUGGUUUAUGUAUUAAGAAGUGGCUGGGUAGUUUUUACGCUCCAAUGAGAUUUAAUCUGGGUAAUUCAAAAGUAGAAGAACUUACAGAGACUAUGUGUGGCAAUUGCUGUCUAUUUUAUACAACCCUACUGAAAUAUCCAGAUUGUAAUUGUCUGUCACACACUGGCUGAACACUGGAGCUCAUUUCUGUACAUAUCCACCUCCUGUGCAGCAUUGUUUCUGUCUUCUCCCUUUACUUUAUACUUGAGAUACAUUCAUACCUUCUCCAUAGUGGGCUCAGGGAACAAAACUUCUCAGUGUCCUCUGCUCAAGAGUCCAAACGGAGCAUGUUUUAAUUUUCAAGAGCCCAGCAGACAUUACUCUUCAGACUGAUCUCUAAUUUAAUGAGAGAAUAGUGAAACACAAACUGGCCUGCCCCUCAUACUUUCCACUGACUUGUCGUCCUUCAUGUUUUCAUCAUUAUGGAUGGAUGGUAAAUUCCAUGUUUUUGUCCUGCACUUUCCAAAAUGUCAAUUCAAAAAGGCCACUUCAGCCCGAACUUUCACAUGCUUCAAUGGGCUGUUUGUGUUGUAACCAUCGAAACCAAACAAUCUGAAAACAUGAAGUCUUUCUGUACAAUGAAGGGGGGGGUCAAAAGGGUCCAUCCUACGCAGUAGCUGUUGCUCAUCCACCAGACACUCGCCGCCUUUUAUGAGAGUCCUUGAUGGCGACACCUCUGUGGCUCAUAUCUGAAGCCUUGCCUCAGCUCUGCCAACGCUCUGCCAGCUGCAGCAUGAUGACCUCACCACUCUGGACGUCAACGCUUCCCACAGACGAGCGGACAGUGGCAGCUCUAAAUAAAAAUAAUGAUAAACUUUAUCUCUGGGACAGCUUUCAAACAAGGGGAGAGGGUCAGAGUGGUUUUUACUUUACAUACAGAGCGGAUAAUUAAAAAAAACAGGCAAAUGAAAAAAGUGCAAAUAUCAACGAUCAAACUUCUAGCAAAGAAAACCGGCACCUAAAGGAAAGAAUAGGGAAUGCUGGGAACUAUAGGAAUAGAUAUGAGAGGUGGGUUUGUGAGUGGGUGAGGAAAAACACACACCCUCAAAGCCACACACACUGUUGCUCUUUUGGAUGUCCUGGUGUUACUCUUUUUAUGAGCUGCUGGAUGCUUUCUCACAUUACAGCCUCCACCAUGGCAACUGAAACAGACCAACCAGAGGAACAAAAGAAUCCACUUUAGAUCACUACAAAAUGACGUGCGAACUACUUCAGUGUCUAACUUGUUAAUCAAAAAGGAAUGCAGAUGAUACUUUGCUAUUAAUUAGGAUGCAAUGGUUUGUUAUUGUCGUGACUCAUCCAAAUCAAUUACAGAAUUUGUUUCAGAUGAGUCUAAUUUCAGUAAUUAGACGUUUAGUUUGUUGUCCAUGUUGCAACCAGACGUUUUCUGGAGUUGAGUUGUUGAGAGCUGCUCAUGCAAAAUACUGAAUAGGGGGUAAACAAAACACAGCAAAACACGUGGCAGCUAAUGCAACACCAUCAAAAUCUCAACUGACAGUUCAUCAUAGCCUCUAGCUAACACGUUAUGCUGGCUCUUGUUGAUGUUUUGAUAGAAAGAAGCUGAAAAGAUGCAUGUUUAACUUUCCACCUACUGCAGCUAAAGGGGGCAUGCUUCUGUCCGGGGUUUUUUUGCCCAGUGCUUGUAAACCAGGUCAAGUCCAGUGAAAUCCUAUUGCCUAAGCUCAACUUAAAUGAGUGUGUGAACAUACUGACAUACUAUCAGACAUAGGGCUGGGCGAUAUGGCCUCAAAUCAAUAUCACGAUACACUGAGCAGUUCACCUCGAUGACGAUAAAUCGACGAUAACUACUCCACAAGCUGCACCAUUGGUAUUGGUGAAUUUUCGGUUUAUCGCCCAACCCUAUUACAAAGAUUAAGUAAUGCUGAAAUCAAUAAUGUGUAGGGCUGCACCUAACGAUUAUUUUCCUACCGAUUAAUCUAAUGAUUAUUUUUUGGAUUAGUCGACUAAUCUAUCGACUAAUUUAUCGAUUAUUCUAACGAUUAUUUUUUAUCAACUGAUUAACAUAAAAUGAAUUUAACCAAAUAGCAAGUAAAAAAGUGUCCUAUUAGUAUUUAAUUCAAUGAUUUAAUCAAGAAUCUCUUCAUCCAAAAUCAGCUUUUAUUUCUUUAUUUUUUUGACACUGAAUAUACAGAUAUGGGCAAAAUGACGUCAGUUCUUAUCAUAAAUUACAGUAUCGGUAAAUUUUUCGGUUUAUCGCCCAGCCCUAUUCAGACUUAUCGUUUGUUAAAGCACCACUAUCAGUCUCAGACAGUGAAGCCAUCUGGGAUUAGCAGGAACAUUUCUUCAGCCUAAGAAAUCGUUAUUUACUGUCCUAGUUUUAAAAAGAGCAUGUACUUUUCCAUCUUUUCAAGAGAAGAUAAAUCACAUAGAUCUCAGCUCUUGUAUACACACAGUAGACCCAGCGCUGCUAUAAAUACUGUAUGUUAUCUUUGUUGCCAGUCAUUCUCUUCUCUUUAAGUAGAUGCAACUGGAGUCAAUUACUUAUAACCUAAACAGGAGGGGGAAAGCCUCAGAUAGCGGUAAUUCAGUUAUCAAGAGUUUUGAAACAUCACUGGGUCAAAAUACUUUGGGGUUUAUCCAAAAGUGGAAUAAUUCAUGCGAUGGAGUUAUGAUGUGUUGAUGACUUUAUCUUUAUACAAGUGGGAGGACAGAGUGAAGCCUAAUCCCAUUCCUAAAGUGAGAACCUGCCAAAUGUCUACAUAUAUUUAUAUGUGUUCACUCUCACAAAGCUCGUAGUAAAGUCUGUGAUUUCUUACGUGCAGUUAUGUGGGUGUUUUGGCAUGUAUAGGAGACAGCAGUUAGUAUGAUAUCAUUUGAAAGUCGUCAUCUUUUCCAGCUCAGAGUUAUUCUUUAAGGAUUAAUGUAAACCUUGUCUGUCAUUUCACCCUUUUUUUUAAGUUUCUUUUUGAACAUUCACAUACAGAAACAAUGAAAUGUUAUACUCGCAAUCUCCUGUGGGAAACCUGUCAGCCAAAACGUUUCAUGCCUCUCAGCAGAAAUGGUUUCAUGCCCCGAUGCCUUCGUGUUUGAAUGCGCAGGAUUGAUCUGACUCUCUCUGUCUUUCUCCCAUGGGUGUUGUCUUUCAGGUCAGGAUCAGGAGACAGAGUGUGGUCGCCUACAGUCAGUGAAGAUGGCAAGACAAGCCCUUACAUGGAGCCUGACUCGCAGGUAACCACUGUUUGUACUGGAUUUACCACAGCACAAGUCACACACUGCUUCAUAGACUCAAAUUCGCACCCACUGGGACGCUGUCAGAACUGAUCCGAACCUGAUUUCCUUCGCAGAGGUUUAGAGCUUGGAGGGUUUUUUUUUUUUUUUUUCAGCCCCAGGCUGGAAAAAUAGUCUUAAAGUUACUCACCAGGCCGCAAAUGAGAGAAAGGACUAAUCAGUGAAGCCUUUGGUUUGCUCUUGGAAAUCCAUGUCUGACUCUGGUCAAGUGGCGAGACAAGCAUGUCGUAGAAAUACAAACAAAAAGGAACAGCAGUGGAUUUAUGUGGGUGUGUGCUCAUCAGAUAGAGUUGUAAAAUGGGAGUGGUCGUUAGUUCAUUUAGUUUCUAUUUAAAUUGGACUAUGAAUGAUAUCCAAAAAAGUAACUUCAAAACUUUUAAACUUCCAAAUUAUGUACUGAUCCUACAGAUUUAUGUAAUUAUUAUUAGUUAGUCACCUGAGAGUUUUUUUUUCUCCUUUUAGCAAAGCAUGACAGGGAGAUUAAUAAAAAAAAAUAUGUAGAGAUGCAGAACAGAGGCACAAAACAGGCACACACACACCAAAUGCUAGAUUAGGGCUGGGCAAUAAAACAAUUAUGAUAUAUAUCAAAAAUUAAUUUCCCUCGAUAUCGAUAUGAAACAUGGUUAAUAUGCUUUUUGAUAGCUGGCAUUCUGCCAUGUUUUGGUAGACUCAGUCCGAUUCUCUAGCACAACACCUUAUGACAAAACAUUGAAGAGACACAAAGACCUCACAGAUGCAGUAGCUAAUUGUAUUGCAAAAGACAUGCUACCAACAAGCACUGUUAAAUUUCAUUUAAGAGUAACAUAUUUAAGAGUGAUUAUAAGUGAUUAUUUUAUACCGUGAGAUAUAUAUAUAUAUAUAUAUAUAUAUAUAUAUAUAUAUAUAUAUAUAUAUAUAUAUCGUUAUAAACGUGUUCCUAUAUCGCCCAGCCCUAGCAUAGAUGUAGCUUUUCUGCUCUGCCUGUUCUGCAGUGAUCUCUCAGUGGUCCGCCUCUGUCUCUGUUAAUACCUCUGAUGCCCGCUCUGUGCUUGGACAGAUUGGUUCCACCAUAAUGCUUCUGUCACUGUCUGAGGGAGCCUUUUAAGAGUGGAGCAAUGUGCUAAAUAUAACUGCAUUUCCAUUUAGCAAUAAAUGGUGAAAUCGAUUUUGAAACUGUUACUUAGAAAACCGAGCCAGCAUUCGUUUUGGUGAGCUUCAGCAGCACAUCAGCUCAUCCCAGCACCAGCCCAUGAUCAGCUGGCAGCUCAGCUAAUGACCUCUGUGUAUCCAAUUGGCAAAUCUCAAGUAUCACAUGCAGGAUUUGUCAGCUUCCAUAAAUUCUGUUCCCUGACUCGUUUAUUGUUCCCGCAUGAUUAAUUAAGUCAUUGACUCAGCGGCCGCUUUCUCUGCUCUGCUUGAUGUUAAACUCCAUUAGAUCUGCUUUUGAUUUACGUCCUCUGCUACCUACAACAUCAGCUUCCAGAAAGGAUCAUUCAUAUCAGGGGUCACUUGUUUGAAAGUAUGAAACUGGAGUCCUCUCAGCCUGUUUGUGCCAUAAACAGAAUCUAUGGAAACAGACACAACACUUGAUCCAUAAAUUACAUGAACACCAUUGUUCGCAUGAUUAAAAAUGAGAUAAUGGGUCCCACUGUGCACUGGAAUGGGUUAUGAAAUAGUAUCUUGAUUGUUCUCCAGUCGUACCAGCUGCCAAAACGGACAUUUGAGGCUCAAUGAUCUCUGGCGGAUGAUCUUUUUCCAAGUUUUUCCAGUGCUGGCAGGCCCUCAGGUUUCCGAGCACUCAGAGAAUAAGAGGUGUUUGUGUGUUCGAGUGCACAUAUGCUGUGAGUGCGGAGACCGUGUGACUAAAAAAAAAAGACAGACAAUGGGCAUAUUGUGGCUCUGAAAUGUGAGUGUCCAUUUGUCAAGUAUUGUGUCGUGGUAGUUAUGGAGCCAGGACUGGUCUGUUGAUCUCUGUCUGAAGGAGAAGAAGUGAAAUGUAUCUGUUCAGUCAUCCAUUAAAGUUCGACACCUUGCUGAAAAGUUUCGUUAUGAAUAACUUAGCAAAGUGAAAGUAAGUUUAGCUGUUUGUGGACGAAGGAUAAGAAUUCCCAUAUUGUGAUAUUUCUAGCAGAUGUGACGAAUAUGAGCUUCCAAAAGGACUUUUAUUUUGAAGUUAUCAGUUAGUACAUUUCAAACUGUGGCCGCAGACAUGUUUCUGAUUGGCUGUUAGGGGACCACUGGAAUAGUACUGGAGGGAAUUUCAAAUGGUUAGACUUUUGCUGCGUUCCAGUUACCUCAGAAGUUGAAGCUGGGAAUGGCGUUACACCAGAGUUGACGGCAUUCCAGUAAACAAGUCAGAAAACCAAGAUGGACAUCUACUCAUAGCCGUUGUUAGCUGUUGUUGGCAACUGUCAGCUGUUGUUAGCCGUUUCAGUUGUUGUUAGCGGUUGUCAGCUGUUGUUAGCCAUUGUCAGUUGUUGUUAGCGGUUGUCAGCAGCGGUUGUCAGCUAUUCCAGUUGUAAACAACGCUUAACAGAGUACAACAUGUACCACUUAUUUAAUUUCACAAAAACAAAACAGAAGUGCUAAUAAUUAAUACAUUACGAGAGCUUUCACUGUUACUCUUUACUGUUGAUGCACUGCGCUGCCAUCUGGGGUUAUGAUGUUGUCGUCGAGUCGGAGUUGGUGAGGAUCAUCCGACUUUCCGAGUUGGAAAUCCGACUUUAGGGGAGUGUUCCAGAUGAAUUUCCGACUUGGAGCUCGGAAAUCCCGACUUCUGAGUACAACUGGAACGCAGCAUUAUUCUGAGACAUCACAUGGGAUAUACCAGCUUUUUUAUCUGAUAGUUCACAAAAAGGCUUUUACCAACUUUGGUGAUAGCUAAAUAUCCAUGGCAUCUAGUUCAGAUAUUUAAUGUCUAAGAAGAGCAAUUGCAGGCACCCUUUCCAACCAUAAUGGGGCACCAGUCAUAGAUGGGUCAACAUUUUCAGUCUUCACUAUGUGGUUAUUGGAGAUACACCACUUUAAACUUAGACUUCAUGACACCAACAGUAAGAUAGUAUCCAUCUGUAGCAGCUUAGGGGUAUUUUUCUGAAGACUGAAAUGAUAAAGAUGUGAUAUGACCGUUCAAUUUGUGUGUUGAAACGGAUUUAAGAGCCUGUAAGCAAGCAAGCCUUAGAAGUCCAGCCAACUCUGCUGCUGUAGUCUCCAUCUCCACAUCUCAGCACCAUCUCAGGUCUUGCUUUGAUUAACAUGAGGAAAUACCAAACCUGAGUGAGAGGAACCUUCAGCCAAAACUGUUUAUACAAACACGGACAUGCGUGACAGCGGGGCUUUGCGUGUGGGUAACAGGAGAGGAGCAAACCCGUCUCACAUGAUCUUUUCCAUCACUCUGUGCAUCUCUCUAACUUCCUACCCAGGUUCCCUCCCAACUCAUUUCAGUCCAGAAAUGUUCCCUGGUGUCUCUUUUAAUGAAGUGAACCUGGACGGCUGGAAACUGCCAAGUCAUGGCGUCUUUACGUUCACGCUCAGGUGGAUUCUUCUUGGAAUGAAAAGAGGAAACAUCCGCUCUCUGGAGCCACAUAAAAAGACCGUGGCUCUCUUUUUGUGUCCUGCUGUAUUGGGAUACGCUGAAGCACUAAAAUACAGUUCUGUAGAAACAUCGGCAACAAUAUAUGCACAGAGGGCCCGUCCUCAUACCAGCUGAACUAAGUCCAAACUGAACUGUGUGAGACUGUUGGCCCACAGUCAGUCCAGUGAUGAGCCAGUUUGGACAGCAUGAGCUAAAAUUAACUGAAUCGAAUCGCUGGAUCGGGAUGACGGCCACUUUCCUGAUUGUGUUGGCAGAGAUUUGAAGCAAUAUGUCAAUCGUCAAGACCUACCUAUUGGACAUGACCAAGGACGUAAGGACUUGGGCUGCGAAACAAGAUCUGAAACCAAGGAGGCAAGAUUCGAUUUAACAAAACAAAUCUCGCCCAUUUCCCUGACUUUUUCGGGAAUUCGUUGGUAUUUUCCUACGCACUUUGACUAGAUUAAAUCAGAAAUGUUAAACAGGGAUAUCAGAGAGAAAGUGAAAACCUUUAACAGCUCCAGUGUAGUCAACCAGUGACAGCACUCCUCAGGACAUUCUGGAUUGAACAUUUCCCCUUUUAACUCAUGGACCCUUUGUUCUUGACUGAAUGACUUUAUUGGAAUUUCCAGCCACACUGGUGGGAAUUAGAUAUUAAGCAGGACGUGACACGUGGAAGCUAUGAAGUGUUUCCUUUCACCUUGGGAACAUGGUAGAGUCUCAUAAAAGCCGAUGAGGAAAUGCUGUAUUUUUGGAUUUAGGAAAGGCAUGAGUCAAUGUGGUCUUGUUGUUUCAGAGGCUUUUUCAGAGAUUAUUGUAUCAGUUUGGAAUUCACCAGUGAAAUUUAGUGUGUGUUUCCAAACAAACUAUGCUCAUUUCUGUCCACAUAUCACAGGAUGUCAACCACCAAUCCCCGAAUUAGAUUUUGAUAAACAAAAUAGGCAGGGUCGAAAUGAUGAGGAGGUAACAUAGGAGAAAAAAAUCAGCAAAAAGUGUUUGUGUUGGUUUAACAUCCGAAUUUUUGCUCAGCACCAGGAAUAAGUGGCUCCUGUGUUGAAAUGAUAUUUACUGGAAACAAGAUUCACACUGAUCAACCUUUAAUGGUAUAUGAGGAGACGAAGGCAGAAAAGUUCGACUUGGCACUUUUGCUCAGUCCAAAUUAUCUUUUUUAUUUGCAGAAAUUGUCAGAACAUUGUUAAAUCUUGAUCACCUUGCCCACAACACUACAUCUCCCUUCAGCCUUCCCUGUGUCUAAUGAAUCUGUAUUCAUUAUAUAAAUAUUAUUAUUAUUAACACAAAUUUUCUUGUCAUUAAAACUGAAAUUUACAUUAUGUUUGAUGAGCCCAAAGACUGAUGAAAACAGACAAAAUUAUCUCGCAUUGCUUAACACAGGAUCACAGGAUGCUUGCAGCUUUCCCUUACUUUCCAAUCCAUCCGAUAUAAAGGUUAUCUGCUAUUUUUAUCAAUGGUUUUCAAGCGUGAGCAAACUAUCAAGUUAGCAAAUUAUCACUUCAAGAUGGUUUAGGUUUUGUGAGAUGUUUUUGGAUGAAGAAAAUGUCUUAAUGGCUUUCGUAAAGAUACCGUUACCAACUUCUAUAUCUCAUCAUCUCAGCAGUAUCUUAAAUUGGAACCUUUUUCCAACAGCUCGAGAGUGAAAAUGUCUUUCCGCCUCGUAAAUGGUCUCAUUGUACAUCUGUUGGCCCCACAUUUGGAACACUGUCAUGCAGAAGUAAAGUUAUACCAGCAGUUACUGACAUGGACCCAGGUUUUCAAAAUUCCUUCCCUUGAGUUAUGCAGUGGCAGCUUCAAGUAGGUGGGAAUGGCCUAUUUGUCAAUGCUAAAGCCAAAUCGUACUUUUUGGCAGGCAGCAUCAGAUUGCCUUUCAUUGCCCUUAUACCCUAUUAUUACUGUGAUAGCUAUUGUGGCUGUGCACUUCGGCCUUGUGGAAAGAAUGAGGCUUCACAAUGCGGAAGCUGAGAGAUCUAGAUCACACGUCACUGAGGUCUCUAGUCUCGGUCCGGGAUCUGGCAGCUGAAGGCAAACUCUCCAGGCUAACAUUAAUAGGAGCUGACAGACAGAGUCCUUGCAUGACUUGCAGUCUGUAAUUCUUUCACAGCUUGGAACCAAAUUUUACCUCAGAUAAAAAUAAAAAAUCGAUGCAUGAUAUCGCUCUGUUUUAUGAAUGGAAAAAGGGAAACUUCUUUCCAAUAUCUGUCAUUAAGAUCGUUUGCCUUUCAGAUGCAGGAGUUUAAAACAUAGAGUCGAGUUAAAGAUAGAGUUCUGGAGUUGUUAAAUGUGUCAGAGAUCUAUAUUUAAAUGGAGAAACAAUAAAUAAAUAGUGAACUAGGCAGUUAGAAUGAUAGAUUUUGUACAAAAGACUCAUAAACAUUUAUACCGCAGUGAUCCUGAAUGCGUUAAACAAUGCAGAGCCAUUAAAGGGUUUAAACUAUUGCCCAAAGUUGCCAAAAUAUGUCUUCUGGGUCUCCUGCCAUUUAAUCCCCUGCCAAGGAAUCUGAGAGUAUUUGAGCAUUGCUGGGAAGUCUUUUUAACAACUUCACAUUCAUUCACACAGCGGGCCUUUUAGAUAACAGACCUGUGACCCCACUUAUUUGGUUGUUUGUGUUCACUAAUCAGCCAGUAAUCCUCAGAAAUGUCCAAAUUGGUCUCUUGGUUUUCCCAAUAGAGCCCCCCCCCAGUCCCUCACUCUGUUGGCUGUCAGCAUGCUCAGAAGAGACGGGGUCAUUGAGAGCAGUCUCUGCCGGGGUAACAGAGUCUGGAAAAUCUACAGCUGGGAGAUAUUUUGUUUUUAACCAUCUAUCAAUCAUUUUUUUCACCAUCUCUGGUCACCUUAAACCAAUAAAGAUAAAAACUUGGUUAAUUUAGAAAUAGGGCUAUUAGAGUAACACCAGAAAGAGUCAAGAAAACACAAUAUUAAAUAAAUGGUUCAGCUGGAAGUGGUCACAAGACGCUGUAUGCAUAAAUGCAACCAGAACCCACCACUAUAGUUUGUUGAUGUAACCUCAAUUUGAGCCGAACUGCCGUGUCCCUAAGUAUGCUUGUCUGGGCCACACUUUUAAUUGUGGUGCACAGGAGAGUUUGCAUGUGGUUGUAGGGAGUAGGGCUGGGGGAUAUGGCCUCAAAUCAAUAUCACAGUAUAUUGAGCAGUUCACCUCGAUAACGAUAAAUGGAUGGUUACUACUCCACAAGCUGCUCAACCCCUCCCACAUUAAUUUCGUCUACUUCAGCCGCCGCUCCAGCCGCAACAACUUUUGAACCGUCCUCCAUCUCCUCACAUGACUGGAUGGGGUGGAGUCACAUAGAACAGCGUCUUAAAGAGACACGAUACUAUAGCCUACCUACACACAUCCAAAGCCAACUUUUAUUUAUUCAUUAGUUUUUGACACCGAAUUUACCGAUAUGGACAAAAUGAUGUUUGUUGUUGUCGUAAAUUUCGGUAUCGGUAAAUUUUUGGUUUAUCGCCUAGCCCUAGUAGUGAUUGGGCGAUGGUCAUGGCAGUCCACGUCCAUGACAAAGCUUCAUCUAGCAUGUUCCUUUGGGUAAAUUAUAGUAACGCAACAAAAUGCAUCUUUCUGCAGGUUAAACUGUUAUACUGGUUGCGCCAGUGCAUCAGAUGCUGCCCACUUUUAGAUAUGAAAAUCGUUUGUAAGAGUGUGUCAAUUAUGGGCAUGUGACAAAAAAAUGACUUGUAUUGACGUCAGUUAUUAGAUUGUAUAAUUUAGCUAAUUGAAUACAACCUGUACCUGAUAAAUAAAUCUUUAGAAGCCCAAAAUUGAAGUUUUUCCUCUCCUCUUUAUUAACACAAACAGUACUGGCUCUACAACAGACUGUAUCUGCAGAUGUAGGUCGAUAAAUACUAACUGGCAUGAUCAUGCAUGGUUAAAAAUGUUAGUUACUCCUUGGCUGUGCUCAUACUCUGAAGGUGUUAGCUAGCUUUCACCCACAUGUCUCUCUUUAUUGAAGUUGAAACUUUUGUUGCCCUUUUUUAUUGUUCAUGCUUUGAAUUAAAUUGCUUUCACCUGAAACAUUCAGCUGCAGUUGGCUGCAUCACAAAGACUUUGAUUCAAUCCUCUAGUGAUUUGGUUCAACCACUUUGAAUGUAAGAGUUUUUUUAAUGGCUUUAUUUGAUAAAGGGAAUAGAUGAAACAUUUAACAUUUUCGCUAGAGUCUGAUGCUACUCUGAUCUUUCUCAGGCAGGGAAAUGGUCUGAACCCCUGAAACCUCCACUGCUCUCUGUUCCCCUCAUCCCAGCUCCCUGCUAGCUUGUCUGUCUGUCUCACAGAGAGGCACCCAGAGCCCCGCCCGGGGAGCGUAAAGGGCUGGUUUGUGUUUGGUUAGCAGUGCACAGCGCCAUGUGAAAAGGUUAAUUUCAAAAGGUCCCGGGGGAUUAAAGCUUGCAGGAGGCAGAAAAAAAAAAGAAUUAAAUUUGUGUACGGUGAGGCAGGCAAGCUGAGGUCUUGAUCCUUAGUUAAAAACGGGCAUAUGAUUUCAAUUAAAGCCCCCCUCCACCUUCUUCCUCUUCUCCAUCUGUCUACCCCUGUUUGACCAAACCUUGGCUGUGGCCUGAGGAACCAGAGCUGGAAUCGGAGUCUAAAACUAUUCAAGCUCCAAUUAAUCAGUGAAACUUUUAGCCAGGUUGAUAAUUGAAGGAACUUCAGAAAUCUCAACUUUUUCUUCUUUUUAUCUUUUUCUGCUUAACUAUUAGGCAAGCUCUGUUACCAUUGUAAAACGGGUUGGUGAAAACAGAAUUUAUGUGCACGCAGGAGGAGACAAUGCUGGUUCCCAUCAAUAGUUACUACUUUUGGUGCUUUUCCCCCCUCAUCUUUUUAUUCCCUCUUUCAAAGGUUUCUCUUCCUCCUCUCAGCUCGCAGGAAUGCAGUCAAGACUUGGAAAUAAAAGAGAAAGUAGCAGAUCUCAAGAGGGGGAAAUUAGGAAACAGAUGAUCUCACGGAUGGCCUUUUUCAACAGCUUUGUUGUGUUGAGUUUCUGUCAGAGAUAGACUGAAGCUGCUCAUGUUAACUUUAAACUGUUUUGACUACAUUGGAAAAACAAGAUAAGGUUACCAGGAGGGAAUUGGAGCGAUAAGGCAUUCACCAUAUAAACUUGACUGAGAAUCUCCUUUAAAGCUGUGUGUGGAUCAAACAUGGAUAGUAUGAAUAAAUCUUUUUAAUGAGGCAGUUUUGAACAGCUGAUUUCGAGAUAAAAGGAAAACCCAGGAAGCCUUACCUUUAGAUAAACAUGAAAGCACUUACAGGCCCUGAAUGUUACCAAACUGGCAUUUUUAUAAGGCAGGCACCAGAUGUGCAGCCAUAUAAAUCUGCCGUCCACUAAAAGAGAAUAUCCCCACAAUAGACAAGCAAGCUCUGAGGCAGGAGUGAAUAAGACAGACAGGUGUAGAGGUUCUGGAGGAGGCACGCAUCUUUUCAUGCAUCAGUGUGAAGGUGAAAGUGUGUGAACUCAGUAAUUCACAAAGACAAUGUUGUACAGUAUUGAUAAAUUCAUUCAGGUGCAAACUACAAUAAAAGUGCGUUAGUGUUCAUAGGGCUUUAAAGUCCUAGACGACUGUUUAACUUAUUGGUUUAUACGUGCAGAGUCGACCAAAGUUCUGAUUGGUUGACUCAAAUUUUUUCUGCAUCAAUUUACAGUCAGGUGGAACGUACCAAGUGCUAUUUUCGGAUGUUUCAGAGCACUGGAGUCCCACUGGAGACAGGAAGAUUGAAGAGUGUCUACAUUAAUCAACGUCUGAUGUUUUGCUGAAUGUUUAUUUCUGUUUUGAGCGUUUCAACUUUCAUUUAAGUCCUCCUCUACCAUCCAUGUCGAAGACAUCAGCCGCGCUCUGCCGAGCCGCAUCGUCCCUCGCCGGGGUUUGCCGUCAGAGUCUCAAAAAAAUCUCUCCUUUCCCAUUAGUCAAUUUUUGGGCGAAACUUUCAGGGUUUAAGUCGACCAAGGGUUCUUUGGUUGAUUACAGCCCUACAUAACACAAAAUGUGUUGACCUCAAUGGGGGGCUCCAAGGUGGCUCAAUACCCUGCUGGAAAGAACUCAGGAGCCUCUCUGCGCGGAGUUUGCAUAUUCUUCCUGCAUGAAUAGGUUCUCCCUGUUAGGGCUGGGUGAUAUGGCCUCAAUUAAAUAUCACGAUAUAUUGAGCAGUUCAACUCAAUGACGAUAAAUAGACGAUAACUACUCUACAAGCUGCUCACCCCUUUCCACAUUAACUUCGUCUACUUCAGCCACAACAACUUUUGAAACGUCCUCCAUCUCCUCACCUGUCUUUUCCACUUUGUUACGGACUGGAUUGGGUGGAGUCACAUCUCUGACGUAGGACAGUGUCUUAUUGGGACAUGAGACCAUAGCCUACCUACACACAUCUAAAACCAACUUUUAUUUAUGUAUUUGACACGGGACAUGGUAUUUGACAUGGGCAAACUGACUUUGGUUAUUGUUGUAAAUUUCGGUAUCAGUAAAUUUUCGGUUUCUCGCUCAGCCCUACUUUAGAUUAGACUUCAGAUUACUCAUGGGUGCCAGUAUGUGGUUUUUCACUCUGUGUCAGCCUUGACUGGCACCCUCACCCAGCUGUAUCCCUCCUGCUCCAGCCCCCCCUUUGAUGGAUGGAUCUUAGAGAGGAUCUUCCUGCAGACUGACUUGACAAACUGUUGGCUUGUGAGGUAUUUGUGCCUAAAAACAAUACGUACUUCCCCUUCAUAAAGAGCACCAUUGAUUUGUCGUGGCUCUCCUGUAACAUAGCCAAACUUGUGCACGACUUAUGCAGCUGUACUCCUCUGUAAACACACUCUAUGCAGCGGUAGUGCUACUUCAACUCGAUCGUAUCAGACUCUGAGUACUUUUUCCUGUCUGUGUGCGCCCACAUUAAAUCAAGGUUGCCCUGAAUUGACCUCCUCUAGUUCCUACCUGUUAAAGGAUCUUUUCUUCGGAGUGUUUUCUCAUCUGAAUCGAAUGCGUAAGCAUAAAGGAUUGGUGCUUAAUCUUUUCUUCAGGGCAAUUUCCUAUCCAGCUCACAAAGCCAAACAAGAAAAGGAUUUCACGGGGAACAUUUUAUCCUAUAUCUUUCUUUACAUACAGUAUAUCACAAAUAUGUUAGCGUGUGAUUAUCAGCGGUCCUGUUCGUACAGACGCUGAUGUUUUAAACGGUCAUGCCACUGCAGUAGUGAGCAACAUAAUACACUCUUGGGAUUUUCUACACUCGCCUCCUUUUAUUCCCUGAAUACAGGCAUGAAUAAACUCAGUCAUACAGUUAUUGUGCUGAUUGUUAUCUGCAGAUUUCCCUUUUGUCAAGCAGUGACAAAUGAAUGGAUUCUUAUUGAAACCAAAGAGACAUGUUGGGACUGUGACUUGACCUGAGAAACCUCACCUGUCUGGUCUUGCUUGUUCUCAGGAUAUGAAAGCGGUAUGAUGAAUUAAAAUGAAAGUUCAAAAGUUCAGUAAAAGAACAACAGAGUUAAAACACCUCACCUGAAAUUAAAAUAUAUUGAAAAGUUGAGGUCAAAGGACCUUCUGAUUAGAAUCACAUGAGGUCGACCAUCUGUGCAAAUAAAGCUAAAGAUAAAGAGUAAGAUGUGGUUCUUCGUUGGUCCCUGUGGUGAGCACCAGGCUUCAGAGUGUCUGGGUUACUUGGAGAUGGAGCCGCAGAGAGCUGGGUGUUUCUGACAUCCUGCCCAAACUGGGUUUGGCUCUGUAAGAGCAGCGGUAUUAAACACAUGCGUCUCCAAACUUUAACCAUUAACGGCUAACUGUUGGCAUUUUGUUCAGAGGGUUUCAGGAUUCAUCCAUCUUCACCGUCCGAGGUUUUUGGGGCGAGUAGGAAGAGAUGGUUUUAAAUUUCCCGAGAGUCAUCCGUCUUAGCUGCAGGAGGAGGGCAACAGCAGAGCGCUCCUCCAAGUUCAAGAUGUGGGCUUGUUGGUGUAGAGGAGAGCCAGCUGAAAAGUGCUGAUUACAGGAGAGUGUGUGUGUGUGUGCGUGUGUGUUUAUGUAUGUGUGUGUGGUCCAGGCGAGGGGCCGAGGAAAGGAUGACAUCCAGCAGACCCAUCUGUUGAAAUGACAGGGGUCCUGUCUGGAGAAGCUGUGAACCUCAACCCCCUGCGGCUCAGGCACUUGAAACCCAAAACACACACACGUACGCACGCCCAAGAUUUCAUUCCAGUGGCUCCUUAUUCAACAGUCCGACCGUCCCCCCCAUCCCACAGCAUUUUUCAACUUGUAAACAAGUCACUUUGUCUUCACUGAAAUGUUUAUAGUCUGGAGUUUUGAUAGUGUGCAGCCCUGUUUGGUCACUCAAAACCGCUGGCUAUCUGUAAAACUCGAAGCACUUUGAGAGGCGGUGACAUCAUCAUGCAAUAAAACGUUAUCUGUAGCCACGGAGACGAGGGAUCCAGGCUGGCAGCGUUAUCUCUGAAGGGCGCUGAUAACUGCGGUAAACACCGAGCCGCGCUGUGAUGUCACCGUGGAGCUUGUGCAGAUGCAAGACGAGUGCGUUGACCUCGGCGUAAACACACUGUCUGCUGAAUACACAGUGUAGGUGUUAGUGCAUCUGUCCUGCAUGAGAUUCAUCCAAACACUUCCAACGGACCAACUAUGUUGCACAUCAAAAAGAUGACUAUUUAAUCUUUUGCAUGUCUCAGCAUCUAUGAAGUUUUCAAUCCAUCAAAGAAGUCAGAGGGAAAAAAAAAAAGAAAUGCUAUUUACACCACACAAAGUUAAACUGUUUUGACAGAAACAUCUGCAGGAAAUCUAGUGCAAGCUCCUUCCUAAUAAGCCGGGCUGUUAAAGAGCAAAUAGCAGUGGAAAAACAUUUCUUUGUAUCCUCAGCGCUGCAAAGCCUCAUUGGAAAACAACCAUUAUUUUUCGCCUCUGAAGAAUUGUCGUUUCACUUCUGAAAGCACCACUGGGCUUGUUUUCCAAUCCUCCUCUUUUUAUUUUCAUUUCCUAAGCUAAAACAUAAUGGGCUAUUCUGUAAUGGGACCAUUAGCCUUUCUUCUUCCUCCUAACAUUUGUGAGUUUUUCUUUGAUGUAGUGAGGCCUUUCCCUUUGGUUUGUUUGCCUGUUUCUGCAGAAGGUCUAUAGAAUCUGGGCUUAAUGUUUGGUUUUGACACUUAUAAGCUUGACACUGUUGUUGGCUGCAUCAGGAAGAACUCAGGGAGACUUUUGGAUUUAUAAUAUGUAGAAGUAGGACUGGGCAAUAAAACGAUAUGAUAUAUAUCAAAAAUCAAUUUCCCUUGAUAACGAUAUGGUCAAAAGAGCUCCAGCAACACUUGUAGUUCAGGAAAACAGCUUUAUUUGACCAAUGUGUUUUGGCUUAUGGCCUUCAUCAGGGUCAUGAUAACGAUGUGAAACAUGGUCAAUAUGCUUUUCAAUAGCCAGCAUUCUGCCAUGUUUUGGUGGACUAUACUAAUAGCCAAUGAAAAAUGGGAGUUGCUCCAAGUCCACGCCGCACUGAACCAAUCAUAUGCUGAAUUACAAUUAAGUAGCAAACAACUGCAUCGUAGCAGGCUGUAGUUACAUCCAACCAUAGAACUUUAAAGACGUAAAGACAACAGCACUGGAGGUGAGAAGAAAAGAAAAUGAGUGCUACCCCCGGCAGAAAUGCAGAUGGAAGCUCAACAGAUGACGAUAUCGUCAACAAGACUGGCAUGAGCGAGUGCGAAGCAGCCCACGAUGCCUCUGCAGUCGAAACAGCCGACCAUUCAGUCCGCUUUCUCUAGCGCAACGCCUUGCGACAAAACGUCAAAGAGACGCAAAGACCUUCGAUGCAGUUGCUUAUCAUAUUGCAAAAGACAUACAACCAAUAAUCACUAAAAUUUCAUUUAAGAGUAACAGGGAACAUUUAAGAUUGACAAGUGAUUUAUUGAUAUUGACUGAUAUGAAAAAAUAUAUAGUGAUAAACUUUUCCCCAUAUCGCCCAGCCCUAUGUAGAUGAUAAAUGUCCUGCGAUGAAGGUGGUAAAAGGCUGUAUUUGGCCCAUGCUUUCCAACAGUGCAUAUCUUAUGUCUCUUUCUUCUUUCACUUUUGAAUUCCCUAUGCCAUCUUUCUUUUCAGAAUUUCCGUCCAAUCACCAGCGGUUACAGCGGAUACAGCCGUAAAUCUUCAUACACUCCUGAACCUCAGUCCCCUCUGCCGGUCCAGUCCCCACAGACCCCUCAGCCCACUCACCUGAACAACGGCCACUCCAGACCCAACAACGGACACAGCUAUGGAUAUGGGAACGGAACUGGACACAACCAGUACAACAACCCAACCGGACUUUAUGCUCAAAACGGGAGCAAUGGAGAGAGAUCACUGCCGAGCAAGAUGGGAGGCCUCAGCCUCAGUGCCACACACAGGUGAGGUCAUGAAAGUGCACAGAGAUGAACGCUGUGGAAGUUUGUUGUGAUUGGUAGGAAUUCACACAAAUAAGAAGUUGUGAGACUUGUAAAACUUGUAACUUUUCCCUGCUGAGAAAAAGGUCAGAUUUCAUGUUGAACUUUACCUAAAAUUCAAAAGGUAACAGCUAUAUUCACACAUGUACUAAACCCCAGAAACUUCUGCUUGUAAGCUGCAUGUGUGAACUCAGACAGUCAAAAAUUUCACCCAAACAGUUCAACCCCAAGACCUAAAGAGAAAUUUCAGCAAGAAUGUGAAAACUCAGCAGGACCCAGUAAGAAGAGACAGUGGGUCAAAUUAAUGUUGUGUGACUGAUGUGAAACCAUGCGACUAGCCUUGCACAAGCAGCAUUCACUCAUUCACAAGUGUAACUGCAAACAAGAUUUUGGAGUGGGGUCCGGCUGGAGACAUCUACUGUCAGAACCCACCUCCACUGAGAGGACCCCAGGUGACGUUUUUCUCAUGCGCCCCAGUUUGUGUAAAGGUCACCCGGUUAUGUAUUUCGUCUUUGUUGAACACACGAAUACACACAAAAAUAACAUAUCAACAUUAUAAACAUCAAAUAAAGCCCCAAGAAAUAAAAUAUAUAUUUGCAUGAGACAAAAAAUACAUACUUCCCGGUCUAAUCGCUUUUAAUUUGAAAGGCUUCAGUUGAACUUUCCAUCAUUGAAAAUAAAGAUACUACUGGUACAUUUGCUUUUAUUUUGAAAGGCUUCAAAUCAACUUCAUGUCCUCACAGUGGAGGUCUGCUACAAAGGGUCCUGACAGUGGAGGUCUGCAGCCAGACUGUCUUGAGAUUAUUCACCAAGACUUCUCCUGACAGCCUCCCAGUAACAUUUUCUAAGCAGCCGGUUUGAGCUGAUGUGAGCACACAGCAGGAAACAUUUAGGGAAAUUAACAGGGAGGGAGUGAGCGAGGGUGAUGACGUGCAUAUCCUACAAUCAGUGUGGCCCCAAGGACCUGCACAUGACAGGAUAAAUAAAAACAUCCAGUGAUGAAGAAGGAGAACGGGAACAGUGACGAUGUCUGUGCAUCCGUCCUUUUACAAGUAGCAUUGGUAUAAAUUCAGAAAACUGUCAUCGCAGCGCAGAUCUCUGUUGCUUCAUCCACCAUCAUGUUGUAAAGAUUACAAACGUUCAUGUCCUGCCUCCCCAGACUCAUCUCCUAACCCCUGGGUUUUAAAUGGAGGUAUCUUACAGAGUAUUGACCUCCUUAGACUUUUUCAGUUUUACAACCUACAGUUCAAACAGAGCAGUUCGGGUUUUUACACUUUGUUUGUUUACCAAACAAGGGCAGACAGAGGAGACAUCUGUUGGUGUACAAGUUAUCUUAGAGGCAGAUGGUUACAGCUGAUCUUUGUUAGAGGUCACAUAAUGAAAAGGAGCAUUUACUGAUACUGGAAUUUACGACAAUAACAGAUGUCAUUUUGCCCAUACCGGUAUAUUCGGACUCAAAAAAAUAAGUAAACAAAAGUUGGUUUUGGAUGUGUGUAGGUAGGCUAUGGUCUCAUGUUCCUUUUAGAGGCUGUCCGACGUCAGGGACGUGACUCCAACCCAUCCAGUCCGUAACAAAAAGGACAGGUGAGGAGAUGGAGGACGGUUCAAAAGCUGUAGCAGCUGGAGCGGCGGCUGAAGUAGACAAAGUUAAUGCGGGAGGGAGUGAGUGAGCAGCUUGUAGAGUAGUUAUCAUCUAUUUAUCAAUAUAAUGUGAUAUUGAUUUGAGGCCAUAAAGAGCACAGACUUUUCUUCCAUGAAAUAUUCCUCCUCAAUAUCGCCAAGUGAUUGACUUCUUGAGUCUAUUGCAAACAACCCCAGUAAAGUCCAUUUAAAUUUGUAGUUGUAACAUUAAAUUAUAUGGCAAAAUAUCAGGGGGAUAAAUGUUUAUGAAUACUUGAGAUACUGUACGUGUAAUUUCUUGGCAGUCUAAAAUGAAUCAAGAAAUAAGGACUAAAUAAUGGAUUUCCUUCACAUCAGCGAUGUAUUUCCAUGCUUCACGGAUGCAUGUGUUCAUAUGCUGACUUGGCUGAAGACACCAGCAGAUGUGCACUCAGACACAUGCACAGACACACUUGGAAGUCUCUGCACACACCUGCACACAUGGUUGUGUGGACUGGAGAAGCCAUUUGUUGUUGUGCGUCCCCUCCAGUGUGCAAUAAAUGUGUGUGUUUAGUCUCCUGGUGAACAUCCUCUACAGCACUCCCAGAUUUCCCCUGGACUGGACUGUUAAUCCUGGCCAGGCCCACACACACACACACACACACACACACACACACACACACACACACACACACACACACACACACACAAACAUAAGGAAACAGUAAAACAGCAUCUUUACCCCGCUCGUUGCCCACUGUCAAUCUUUUAUUACGCUGUUUCACCAUUUAAAGUCUUCUCACUUCCUCUCUCUCUCUCUCUCUCUCACACACACACACACACACACUGAGGCUGCACACACAUGAAGCGCUUCCUUCAGACUCUCGGAGCGGAGUCUGGAGACAAACAUGCGGUUAUGUGUGUCAGGAUUUGAACACAUCUGUCAGCAGUCCUGCUCGUCUCCCAGAGGCUCCAACUGUUUGAGUGGAUCAGAUGAACGAGAUCCAUCCUGUUAGAUUUGGGAAUAGCUUGAUGGAUGGGUAAACACGGAGCUUCUGGGAUUAAGACUUCAUUCCUAUGGAGUCAUAUGUUGAGUGCAGAGCGUACACUGAAAUUUUCCUCACAGUGACAUCUCUGUUAUCUCAGAAAAAAAAGCAUUAAGGACAUUCUGUACAUGUCAUGUGUUUUUAUCAUGUUCCUAUGUUAGUCUGGCAUCUGUUCUGUUGUCUCUCUCCCUCAGCUUCUCUUGUAUCUGCUUAAUUCACCCAUAAACCCAAAACAAAAGAGAAAACUGAAUCAUAAAAAUAUUGGCACAUUCCCUUGAUUGUGAAUUCCUUCAGUUUCUUUUCCUUACACACAAAAAGUGAAGUUUUAUCGUUCAAAUUGCGCUGCAUUGAAACUUCAUCUUCCCUCUCUUAUCUCCUCCAGCCCAGAGCCCCCCACACAAUCCCCUGUGAGCCGUAACGGUUUUGACAUGCAGUCAGACGUCUACAAGAUGCUGCAGGACCACGUGGAGCCUGUCUCUGAACCCAAACAGUCCGGCUCCUUCAAAUACCUCCAGGGAAUCCUGGAGGCCGAGGAUGGAGGUAAGGAUUCCUGUGUGUGUGUGUGUGUGUGAGGGUGUGUGUUUUAUUCAAGCUGUUCUUAAUAUGCAUUGUCACUAAAGCCUGCUCCCUCGGGGUGUCUUUGCUGCUGCUCUCCCUGCCAUGGUUUUUUUUACGUAUGCUCAUGAAACAAAGGGGAGGUGAGCUUUUUCUGCACACCAUUCAAGUGCAUUUCAGAAAUACACAUGAGCUCUCAUGACAGCGCCAUACUUUUGCUGGUUCUCCCUGUUAAUCUCUUUAUCAGUGAUAGAUUACAACUAGGGGUGUCCCGGUAAGAUAUUGAUAUCUGAUAUUGGUCCGAUAUCAGCAAAAAAACAAAUAUCGGAUUAUAUCGGCCUGCAUCUAAAAUCUCUGAUACGAACAGUCCAUUCCAGACUCCGCUACGGCACCUCUAUCUAGCGGCACCCAAAUCCAGCAUGUAGAGUCCACGUACUCAAAACAACAGUGUGUACUGAGGUGCUACCAAAGCAGCGGGGAGUAGAGGUGAUAUUGGCCUUGUGGCAGUAUUUUUUGCUAAAGUACGAAAAAAGACAUUGCAGCUGAGUGAAAAACUUGUCGUGCACAAUUUUGUGCCAAUAUCGGAUCAAUUUUGGCAUUGGUCAAUAUUGAAGUCUACUAUAUCGGUAUCGUAUCAGAAGUAAAAAAGUUGUAUUGGGACACCCCUGAUUAGAACUGUACUGCCAGAUUUAUCUUUUUAAUGAACUGGAGGGCUGAGAAAAUCUGCAGCACCAAAGAAAACAGUGAACGAUAAACUUGCAGUCAGGUUAAGUGCAUGACAAUGGUAAACAACAAGCAGCUGGGAAGGCCUGUUAUUUAUAUAUAAAGCACAAGGUGGGAAACUCCAAGUAAGUAAUGCUUCCUACUGUGUAGACGAGGCUUAUGGCUCCAAAGGAACAUCCUGCUCUGCUCAGGUGGCUUAUGUCUCGCUCCUCCGAGCUCCACUGUUUCACUAGCAUAGUUUUCCUUUUAUAGAAAGGACAGUGGACACAAGCAGGGAGGUAAGACACAGAGAGGAAGAGCAAGAAAGAGAGCAAGACGGGAACAAGUAGAGGAGGUGGAGCUCAAGAUGGAGUGCUUUAAAUAGCUUGGAUGAGCAGGGGAGGGAAGUUUGGUUUUGAAAUUUACUGCCAAAAACAACUUUAAAGUGGACAAUAAAGUGAGAAAUAUGGGUUUCCUGUCAGCCUCCUGACACUUUUCUCAGCGUUAAUGCUUUUGAGGAGGAGUCGUGUGUUGCUGACAGCAGCAGAAAAGGGCUAAUCCCUCGAACUAAGACAUUCCUUUUAGGUUCCAUGUUUACCGCUAAGGCCAGGAAAAGCUGUGAAAGUUGUAAUUAUAAGCCAAGUGUUGGUAUGUUAAGGCGGAAAUAACCGGGACCUCAGAGGAGUGGGCUCAUGACCUGUUAGGACUGAUAGUCUGUGAUUCAUGGUUUUUGCAACCGCACGAAAGAACCCAGAUUUGUCCUUGAGAAAAAUCCCUUCUCUUUCAUAACUAUUAGAGGAAUUUAGCAGCUGUGAAUGUCAGUAACCCUUUUCACUGAAUAUGCAGUUUGUCAUGAAGUCGCCCACUUCUCCCUUUUUAAUGUAAAGCUCAAUUCCCAAUUGCACUUCAAUAGAUUACGAUGAACGCACUAUGUAAUUUUUAGUGUAGCAUUCAGAUUGGCAAAGUAAGAUGUCAGUCUCCCAGCCAGAGUCAUACCCUCUGUCUCUCUGAUGUGAGAGCCGACAGAACAACAAUUAAUUAACCAUUUGCUUUUACCUUUAAAACAACACAGGAGAGAGAUUGGAGCUAAUGGUAGACAGAGGAAGGUUGGAGAGAGACUCUGCUGAUGGAUUACAGAGAUUUAAAGGGUCUGCUGUCAGAGGGCUCUCAGCUUAGAGGCCUGACAGGUUGAUUGACGGACUAAGCCCUCGGUGAAACAAGGAGACACUCCAGGUUUACUUUAGGAUCACUUUAAAAGCUACCUGUCUGUCUGUUGAUGUUCGGAGCUGUCAGUUUCAUCUCUGUGGGAGCGUGAAAUCCUGACACAGAUGCUGAAUUGUUUUUUUUUUUCUCUUGGUAGUUAUGUCGAACAGCCUAAUAAGGAGAUAAAAAGUCAUUUUUUUUACAAUGAGGCACAUUUUGCAGUCAGGUUAAAGUCAAAUCAGUGUUGCUGAAUGCGUACCUUGCUGUCAGGCUUUUAAAUCACAGUAGUUGGUCUUCUUUUAAGGCAAAAGCCCCUGUAGAGACCAUGUUGACUUUCAGGGGCUUUUAGAGUAAAAGCAAACAAGAGUGUCGGUUUACCCAGAAUUCCUCGAACUCCAUCAUGAUUGGAUACUGCUGUGGAUAGAAGAUGGGCAAAGUAACUGUUUACUGGUGUUGAGUUGGGGUGUUAGAUCAAUAAUAGAAACUUUUUAUCUAGUGUACAAUAUAAGACAACUUCUGUCAUCAAUAAAAAAUUGGAGUGAGUUGAAGGUGAAGAAAAACACAAGGUGAUCUGAGUAGUGCUUCCUUGGCAAUUUAGAAAUUAAACAAACCAAGAGUGAUUCAAUUAAGAGAAUCAACUUUUCAACACUUACAGAUACUCAUAUGCUCAAUUUAUCACACAGUAAAAGUUGCAGUAUCCCAAAAUGAUGGAAAAUACAUAUACAGUUAUGAUCAACUAGUAAAACUGUGACCUUACAAUUAACUGCAGCAAUGACCACAACUUAGGCCGGUAGAAGGAAGUAGUUUAAAUCACAUCAGUCAUGCUCCCCUCUAAACUUGGUGCAAAGUAAUUCAAUUCUUCAAGAGUUUCAAGGAGAAAGGCACAGGGAGCAUUCCAGUUAGAUUGUUUUUCCACAGGGAUUUAGACUGCAGGGGCUGACAUGGUGCAAGAUUUAAAGCCUCUGCAAGAUCUGAGAGCCAUUGGGGGGUGAACAUGUGAUGCCAGUCUUGAGGGGUUUAACCCUUUUGACUCUUUGUCAGUUCAGGAGAAUUGUUCCUUUUGCAGCUCUGUGGGUCAGUAACCUAAGAUGACUGUAAUUGUACUUUUCUUUGAUGUUCUUGCAGUUGUAAUUUAAAGGCCCUCAAAUAGCCAGGCAUUGACUGACAGUGACUAAAGAUAUGUCUAUUUUGGUUUAAACAGCAGAGGGAAGAAACUAAAGAUAUAUUAUGGCAAAACAUGCUUUGUUACAAUAAUACCAUAUGAAACAAUACGAUACGAUACAAUUCAAUAAGAUACAAUAUGAUACCACAUGAUACAAUACAAUAUGAUACAAUAUGAUAUGAUACAAUACAAUAUGAUACAGUAUGAAACCAUACAAUAUGAUACAAUACAAUACAUUAUGACACAAAACGAUACGAUACAGUAUGAUACAAUACAAUACGAAACAAUACAAAACAAUUUGAUACAAUAUGAUACGAUAUGAUACAAUAUAAUAAGAUAUGAUACGAUAAGAUAUGAUAUGAUUCAAUACAAUACGAUAUGGUACAAUAUGACAUGAUACAAUAAAAUUCAAUACGAUCCAAUAUAAUACAAUAUGAUAUGAUACAAUAUGAUACGAUAUGAUACAAUACAGUAUGAUACAAUAUGAUAUGACACAAUACAAUUUUAUACAAUACAAUGUGAUACGAUACAAUACAACACAAUUUAAUACGGUACGAUACAAGACGAUACAGUAUGAUACGACAAAAUAUGAAACGAUACAGUGUGAUAUAAUACAAUAUGGUACAAUACAAUAUAAUAUAAUAUGAUACAAUACAAUACGAUAUAGUAUGAUAUGACACCAUAUGAUACGAUACAAUAUUAUAAGAUACAAUAUGAUAAGAUACAAUACAUAAUGACACAACAUGAUACGAUACAAUACGAAACAGUUAGAUACGAUAUGAUACAAUUUGAUAAGAUACGAUACAAUACGAUAUGAUAUGAUACAAUAUGGUAUGAUAUGAUACAAUACAAUACAAUUUAAUACGAUAGGAUAAAAUAUGAUAUUAUACAGUAUGAUACGACUCAAUAUGAUAUGAUAUGCUACAAUAUGAUACGCUAUUAUAGGAUACGAUACAAUACGAUGCGAUACGAUACGAUACGAUACGAUACGAUAUGAUACAAUCUAACAGUCGGUUUAUGGCAUUGGUGCUCCAUACAUUCUAUCUUUCUAUGUUGUGACUCCUUUUGCCUUACAUUCCUUGAGGUUUCACACUGAGCUUGACAGGUAUGAAUUGUUGUGUUGGCUGCAUGUGUGACAGUUUUACAGACUGCCUGGUAGAUGUUAGUCACAGUUUAGGACACAUAUGGUGCCAUGAAUGCUGUUAGGGGUGAGAUAUGUGUUGUAAAAGGCCAACUUGUCACUUCUUGUGAAUUGAAAUAAGGGUUAUGUAGGUUGGCGACAAGCACCAUCCAGCUCUAGUAGCAUGUCUAUUUAAAAAUGUAGAAGCAAGACUAAACAAGCACUUGUUGAUCCCGCUCUUAAUAUCUAUUCCUGACUGAGGUUCUUGAGGCUUUUCUUAGUCAACCUUCCCCUCUGUGAGAAAGUCAUGAGAGUGCUGAGGAUUAGAGCUUUUCCAUUAGGGUGUAUAAUUAAGUAAUAGAGACAUUAAUCCUAGAAAAAAAAACAGACCCAGUUCAAGACAGCUUCUAAACACACCAUGGAGCAGUCAGAGGCUAACUGUUUCUGAGGCCUGGAGACACUUUGAGGCAGGUUCUGGAUGAAAGCUAAUUAGCCUGUGGUUAGUGGCUCUGAUAGGUGGCCUGUUGGCCUGAAAAACCUCUGCUGGCACAUCAUCAGUAAAAGGAUGUCAAAUAUAGUGCUGCUCCCUGCUUUGCCCCACUGAUCUAAGCUGGAAACCACUGAAGUAACCCAAACCCAGAAUCAAACAUGCCCCUUUCAUGUAGUCCAGUCAGGCAUUGAUAAACCUUUGCGAAUUGAUCGCUCUUAACAAGGACUGUCAUCCAUGAGGAGAUUGCCACUUUUUUAGUACCAAGAUUACUGUCCAAAGAAAGGAAGUCCCUGUGAGGUGGACUGUUUGAGUUUAUCAAAGAUCAUACAUUGCUUCUUGACACCAUGAUGGAUGUCGUUAAAACUCGCCCUCUGUAGUUCACACGCAUCCUUGACUGUAUCAUAAUGGUGUUACAGUUUAACCCUGGGAUAUUUUUCCUGCUAAAUGUCUAACAGAGAUGAUGAAUGAUUUACUACUAGGAGGUAGCAUUGCCGUCAGUGGUAGAUUGUUGUAUUUUACAGUAUCUUCAAGUAUCGAUCUCUUCAAAAUAAUCAUGUGAGACAAGAUCCUGUUUUUGGAAGCAGACAACAAGGACUCUGAGAACAUUUCCCUAGCCUUAUACAAAACACUUGUGCUAUUAUAUUUGGCAGGAGAUGAGUGCUUUCAUUAAAUCUUGAGCAUAAUGAAGUGUUAUCUUAAAUUUUAAGUGCUUUGGCUGUGAUUUAGUUUGAGUACUCCAGUUUUAGCAUCCUUUCAAACCUGUUCUCACCUCGCACUAGGUUGUAAAACAGAACCAGAGAUGUGGUCUGUAAUUACACUGAGUUUAAUGAGGUGUACAACAAUUGUGACACAUGCUAGUAUCAUGCAAAACAUUCACCUCAAGUUGUUUGUACUCAGUAUGAUUGGUGGCUGGGGACACUGGUGUCUUUCUAGGUGCCCAUUGAGAUUCUCUUUACGACAUUGAAACCCUACCAAAACUGGAAAAAGACUAGUAGUUAUGUGCGUGAUAAUAGUAGGCUAUGUUGCUUAGUGUGUGCUCACAGCUUGUAAUGAUACCUCACAUGGAUACCUGUAGCAUGCUGGAUGACACGCAUCUGUGAAGACAGUCUGAAAUUGUGAGAAAUAACUCGGUGGGGAAAGCUGACCUCUGAAACCUUUUCUGAUGGUAGAGUGUGAAAUAUUGAUCCAUCUAUGUAUCAUUUACCAGACAAAUACUGUCCUGACAGGCACCACGUUCAAGAUGUAAUACUAGGAACUCAGAAGGAAUCCUGACAGGGUGCAAACACACAAAAAAACAUGCACCCUUAUGCUCGUGUAGAGCUUUUAACUUUAAGAAAACACACAACAUGUAUGAACAGGAUUACAGUUAAAAGAAGUCAGCACCAUGCAGAUUAAAGUGUAUUUUCCUUUAUUUAUGCAAUGGGUAUUUUGUUAUUUUUCUUUUCAGGUGUGUCUCCGACAGAGAGGAUGAGAAAUUUGAAGUCUCCAGUCAGGUCUCCGAUCCCCAAACUGGGCAGCCCCAUCCCCAUCUCCAGCCCCAUGCCUGGUCUCCAGAAGCUACCCCAGUGCACACGCUGCUAUAACGGCAUAGUGUGAGUACCAUAUGGGUGCUGGCUUUAUUUUAAGCCAAUUCACAGAUAUUGGUCAACAAUCGGGAAUAACUACAACUAACCUUAUUGAAAUAACACCUUUUUAAAAGACACAGUAAAAUAUGAACGACUUGUUCUCAGAGUUGCUGUGAAAACUAUUUUAAUCUCCAUCUGGAAAUGCUAAGUGUCUGUCUGGUUUUAUCACUCCACCUGUGGUCAUAAAGUUUAAACACUGAACCUGCAGGAGGUCAGUCGAGGUUUUUCACAGACCGUGAAACAAAGAGGUGAACUACCGCAGAUCAACCUGCACCAACAGGCCUUAACACUUAAAAUGAUCUAUCCAUUUAUCAUCCUAAUGAUUAAUCCAAGCCAUUCUACACACCUCUCUCCCCCACACACACAUGCUUUAUACAGAAAUGUAAAACCAUCUCACACACAAGUUCCCAAACCUGCUCUAACAAGCGUGAGCACAUGCUCACACACCUUUCUUCCAAAGUAACCACAUGCACCGCACCGGUAAUCCCCCUCUGUAAAAGCAGCUGCAGGUAAGCACUGAUGUCAUCGGCUUACUUUUCUUACUCACAGGGGUGCAUUGUGGGAGCUUUCUGUGCACAAUAAGGCCCUUAUGACCGGGGAGCAUUUUACAGCUUUUUAAACAAAUAUAGAGCACUGUGUCAAGAGUUUAUCCCGCCAGUUUCGUGGUUAAAUGAGGAAAGCGGUGACAUGAAAAGGAGCUGGCUUACGGCUGAAUGGUGGGCUGGCUGUAUCCCCAGUCCAGAAAGGAAAAUCUAAUUGGGAGCGGUGAAUGAACAACGCCCUUAAUGACUGCUGUCGCUGUGUGUGUGACUGACUCAGGCAGUAAACUAAAUGCAGCAGUGUUGAUCAGCAGCCAGCCAGCAGAGUAAGUAUGGACUGUUCAGCUUCAGAGUGUGAUUAAAUGUGUACAAACCUUCCUCUGCUUAUGAUAACAUCUGAUAAACAAAUAAGGAGGAUACGUAUAUUUAAAAGCUGGCUGGACAUGAGUGCUGAUUUGCAUUGAUAAUCGACAGUUUGAUGAACAUUUAUGAGGGAGUCAUUCGUAAUUCCUCCCCAUUUACUACCUUGUAAGGUGUUCAAUUUAGUAUUUGUCCUUUAUGGUGAUGAUAACUUGACUCGAAUGAUUCUUGCAGAGCCUUUUAAGGCACUUGUUAUUUUGCAGUUAGCUUGUCAUAAAACCAAGCCUCCUCUUCUCUGAACUGUGAUCAGGGCUCCUACACAGUUGGAAUUUCCAUACUUUUCCAUACCCUACUUUUUAGUAUUAAGUGUAGAAAAAUACCUUCUUUUCUAUUUUAGAAAGCAGGAUUUUAGAGCUGUGGUAAUAGUGUGGAAACAUAAAUAUUUUUCCAUAUUUUAUUUUUCAUUUUCCAUAUUUUUUAAGACCUGGAAAUUGGUCAAAUUUAUUUCCAUACUUGCGUAGGAACCCUGUGCGAUACUGUGUUUUUUUCAUUGUAUUUCCUUUUCUUUGUUUUACUCAUUGAAUUAAAUAAGUGCACUUCUCCAACCACUGCCAACAAGAAUAUAAAUUAGAUUUGGCCUCAAGGUUUAGGAGAAAUCAUUGCAAACAGAAACCACAAGAAAAAGAGAAUAAAUAAGAGACAAUAAAGAUUUGUCAUCACCAAACACAACCUGUUUCACAUUCAGUAUCCUGCAUUAGGCUGGGCUCAGAGACAGAGGGUAGGGCUGGGCGAUAUGGCCUCAAAUCAAUAUCAUGAUAUAUAUUGAGCAGUUCACCUCGAUAACGAUAAAUGAACGAUAACUACUCCACAAGCUGCUCACCUCCUCCCACAUUUUCACCUAACUCAUUUGCCGCUCCAGCCACUACAACUUUUGAACCGUCCUCCAUCUCCUCACCUGUCUUUCCCUCUUUGUUACGGACUGGAUGGGGUGGAGUCACUUCUCUGACGUAGGACAGCAUCUAAAAGGGACAUAAGACCAUAGCCUACCUUCACACAUUCAAAACCAACUUUUAAUAACUUAUUUCUUUGACGCCAAAUAUAUUGACAUGAGCAAAAUGACAUUGGUUAUUAUCAUAAAUUUCGGUAUCGGUAAAUUUUAGGUUUAUCGCCCAGCCCUAAAAGAGGGCCAUGACAGGACGUUUGAAACCACACACUUAACCUCUGGGUGUCUUUCUGGAUUGUUGGGCUCAACUGUAUCUCCUUGAUUUCCAGUUUACCCAAUCUGCCACCCUCCUAACACUCUCUGUUUACCUUUUUUUGCCCUCCAGUGGCACCAUUGUGAAGGCGCGGGACAAGCUGUACCACCCUGAGUGCUUCAUGUGCGACGACUGCGGCAUCAACCUGAAACAGAGAGGCUACUUCUUCAUCGAGGACAAUCUGUACUGUGAGACACACGCCAUGGCUCGCGUCCAGCCCCCAGAGGGCUACGAUGUGGUCGCUGUUUACCCCAACUCUAAGGUGGAGCUGGUCUGA